CUCAACAAGUGGAUGAAGAAUCCUAGACGGCCGUGCCGGCUCAAUUUGCUACGUAGGUGCAGCCACUUUCGAAAGUGAAAAAAGGCGAAUGUCCAUCAAAUCGAUCACGAUGAAAAGAGAUGAAGAAAAAUAAAACCACGAUCCGCGUGUAGUAGUAGAGAAGAGCAGGCUGCUGGCUCUAUCCGCUUUUUCCCUUGCUACCAAAACGGCAUACGGCUUGUACAACAACAACUUACGUAAUCAAUUUUGUUGGCCGAUCGUUUUUAUUCGUUAUUUUCCACGCUGCUUUACGCUUUCUUCGGGCAGAGCACCGCCGUCGAGUGAGUGGCGGGGUACCAGUGAUUGAGUUACCUGGCAUUUGCACCACGCUGCUGUUGAUCCGACGCCGACGGGGGACCCGAAAAGCCCACGAUGAAAGAAAAAGUUCAAAUAUUUGCUUGCCUGUUGCCCAUCGGCCAAUGCGCGGAAACUCCUUUCGAAGUUUGUUUACAUUUUCUAUCGACGGUCGGAGCGCCUGUUUCGCAAUGUUUCGUCAAUGUCUGCUCACUCUCUGAGUGUAUCUCCACGCUGGGUGCUUCGAAUAAACCCGAAGUGGUGAGUUACCACGUUGCUGCCGGAAUCGUGAGCCAGCUCGGGCAAACCUACUGCUAGUUGCUCGCCGGUUUUCGUUGCGGUAAGAGCGCCGUGGUUUUGAUCUCGUUCCGAGCUCACGUUGCACAUUGCGGUUUACAAUUGUGGAAUUGCGAUAGUGUUAAAUGACAAACUAGCUUUAACAAGAGGCCAUUGAUAAAGUAUGUGUCUGUAAUGGAAUUACAUGCCGCUUAGAACUGUUGGACAGAAAGGACUUUGGUUCGAGUGCUCGUGGAAGUGUAGCUCAAAAAAUAUUCCAUACAAAUGUGGCCGGUUAAGGAUGAACAGCGCAAUCCCAUCAUCAUGCAUGGAUCGGUACAUUAAUCGUUAUAUUGCGCCUCCGCAUUCGGUUCAACAGCAUCAGCAGCAAUUGCUAAACCAACAGGCCAAUCAAAAUCUGCCACCAAAUGGAUAUUAUUCGCAUCAGAUUCUUCAUCAGCAACAACAGCAGCAUCAACAGCACAUUGUACAGCAACCUCAGCAGCCUCAGAACCAUGGGCCACCUAAUGGUUUCAUGGUAGGUUGCUACAAUAAUGCCAGCGGGUGGACUGGAGUUCCGUUGAUUUCGACUGCUUCACGAAGACCUCGAAAAUUUCAACAAAUCAACCAAAAUGUACCGACAAAUCACUAUCAAUCAAGCAAAACGGACUUCGAUGAAUCUGCCAUGUCAAGGCUGGCUCUUCAUGCCCACGGUGCCCCAUUAAUUCUGAGCAACAAUCGCUACCGACCGGGGAAAUCGACUUCCAACAAACCCAUCAAAGUACCCCCGAAUCCGAAUGCGACUCGUGACGAUCAUCUGCCACUUGUCAAGCUAACACAAAAUGUGUCUUCUUCCCACUACACGGUAGCGAAUUCUAACGAUGCCCAUUCAUUGAUUAACAACGACGAUUUCGGUUCCGGUGUCACUGGUGGCAGUGCCAGUAUGUCAACAUCGUCUGCUGCGUCGGAAACGUGUCUACCGCGAAUCAUAAAACCGCGCAAACGAAGAAAGAAGGAUCGCAAACCGAAUGUUCAGAACUCGACGGUAACGACGCAGACCUCGAUCGCAACCACGACUGGAACCGCAACAUCCGUUCAUUCGACCAAUCCGAUGCCUUCGUCGAAUGCCUUAAUCCUCGACGAUACAACGCGUGACUUCCUACAUGAAAUUGCUCUGAUUGCAAAUGCCGGAGGUACUUUCGAUUUCUCCGGUGUCCCAUUGAUGCAUCAGCUUUCGGCACCUUUGCAGCAACCAUCCCAACCACAACAGCUGCAACAUUUUAGUAGUAACAACAGUGACUCUAGCGAUUCGGGAAUAAAUAGCCUGUCGUGCUCGUGUCGGUUGUGUGAUCCGUUGGGUAAAAUAUGGGCGUUCCCAUUGAGACGGUCCUGUUCGGACAAUAGUGCGGAGAUCGAACUAAACCGCGCCAAAGAUGUCGGUGUGAUCGGUAGUAACCGAAGUAAUUCGUUCCGAAGUGAGUGGCGUAGUUCACCGCAUUCUCUGGAUCAUCAAAAGCAGCAGCAUCAGCAACAGCAUAAACAACCGGACUUCGGGUCUGGAUCUAGCAGAAAGGGAAGCUUCAGCGAUUCCGGAGAUUCGGGAUGCGAUCUGCUGAGUGGGCUAAACUUUUGCUCCGAGGAUAUCCUGAGCAGUGUGAAUCGAGAAUUGUUCCUAACGCCGGUGGAUGGCGGCAAGGAGUUCAAAUUUCCGACGACGGCCGGCUGUGGUGUGGGUGGAAGUGUAAACAGUAUUAGUGGUAGUGGAAGCCCCGGUAGCGUGAAUUCCGUCGGUGCGGUCAGUGAUAACAGUGAGUUGCAGCUGAUAAGUGAGUUGACGAAAAAAUUGAACGAAGGUUUGGAUCUGGGUGGACGGACCUCCGCGUCUGGAGGCAGAUCUGACAGUGGUUCAGUGUUUUCCGAUGGUGUGUUCGGUGGUACCAAUGGUGGUUGUGUUGGGAACGACGGAUCUCCACCGGGUAGCGGAAGCACCGCCGAUCUGUUCGUAAAUUUUGAUGUGAUCUCACGAAACAACUUGUUCAGUGCAAACAACAUCAGCAAAUUAAGCAAUCUAUUAUUCGAUGAUGGUCUAACGGCACCGGGCCUAGUGAUAAAUAGUGCCCAGAGCGGCCACAGCCUUAAUAAUAACGUUCUCGGUGGUGGUAACGGGAAAAGUGCUGGUGUGAAUUACAUCCGGAGCAACAGUAUCCAAAAUCUACAGGCCCCACCACCGCUGCCGCCGCCGUCGUCGUCGUCACCAUCGUCCUCAUCAUCGUCGUCCUCUGCAUCGUCCGCGGUGUCCGCGAUGGUGUCCCAAACACCGGGUGGUACAAGCCUGUUCGCCGACCAUCAACCCUUCCUCUUCGCACCGGACACCGAUCGUGGCUGUGAGCUGCUCAGCUGCUUCGAUAUGGUUUGGAGCAACGAUCGUAAACUGCUUCCGGUCGAGGAAUAGGCAGCCCUACGCCCAAAAAGCAAGUGCGAAAUGGUCGUCGUUCAUUUCCAAGAAACAUAGUUUUUUUUUUCAUUUCGCGUUGGUUUUUCGGCUUGUUCAACCAACAUCGUUAGCAUUCUAAGACACACAGAACCAACAUCCCUAGAGCUGGAACUGGUAGAUUGUAAAACUAUACAAAGCAAAAGUUGUGGUAGCAAAAAUGUGUGUGCAAACAGAUAUUUAUAGUAGAUUCUCACACAGGAGCCAGGGCGAAAUGCCUGCCAGGAGUCGCAUCCGGGCCGCAAAAGGCGAAGAACAAGCAUAACAAUCUGUAAACUUGAUAAUCGCGCUUCUUCGAUUUGUUCGUUCCAUUCUUCGCGCUAAGAAUGACCGGCAAAGGGCCUCCCGCGUCGCAUCACCAUAGAAUCGGUUUAUAGAAGCCAUGAAGAUUUGGCCGAUUAUCCCGCGUGUUUAUAUGUAGGAUAUAAGGUUAGGGUCACAUCAGCUUUACGUGUGUGUGUGGGUCUGUGUUUACCCCGAAAGAACAGAGUAUUUGGUUGGUACUUUUGCGUUAUAAUUCUGGCAAGGGUAAUUUUCCUUCUUCAAGUUCCCGUGUGAAAAUUGAUGGGAUCUCGUUUCUUUUUUUUUGCGAAUAAAAUUGGGCUCUGUAAUAAGCUGUAAUAUGGCUUCGUUCGUAAUUAUUUUGGUGUUCUGGUCAACCUACACCUACCUAUUGGGCCGAAUCAUUUCCGAACCGACAAUGUGAAACGAUAAGAUAUUGAUUGGAGGCCAUCGAAAAUGCAUUUUCCGUGUUCAUUCUGUUUAUCGAAUCUGUCGAAAUUAAUAUUAAAUUAAUCCGCAUCGGGAACGCACAAUUCCGAUGUGAAAUUCAUGUCUGAGGGAUGUUGUUUUAGUUCCUGUUCGGUUGGUGGACCCGCUCGACCGAUUUCGUAUGCAUGGUGGCACCUUUUCCGCCUUUUCUUCUGUGCUUAUGAUGGCCACUCUGCCCAUAUGAAUGAUAAUCGUGUUAUGGAAACAUAAUGCCUCGAUAGUUUCGGCAAUCGUUUCGGAGACUUUGGUGAAGAAAUGACUUGCUUUGCUUUAUGAUGCAAACAAAACAAUGGGACAAGGGGCUUUUCAAUGGGCCGACCUUCUUCAAAGUGGAAUUUUAUAGCAGAGGUGGUUUAAUGAUUAUUUUUUUAUCUUUUGAUUCCAUUAGAAUCGAACGAUUCUACUCUAUUCGAAAAUUUGUAAAGUUGUAAAAAUCCAACACAAUCGAGCUUAAUGCUGUAACAUGUUUUAGACUGAAUUCUUCUCGAUUUGAUUGCCCACUGAAGCAAAUUCAAACAACAAUAAAUACAUCACCAUUCGUGAAAAGCAAUUCGGCAUCCACAUCGACGUCGGCUACACUGAAGUUGGUGAAAAUCACAUUUCAAAACAUUGGUCAGUGAUGGCCUAACCGAACUUGCAGUUUUGUCAUUAAUAUGCAGGUUAAAAAGCAACCUCCGAUAGUGGCUGCCUUGUGAAUUGUGAAGAGACUAUUUUUCUAGCAUGGAAAAUGCAUCCGCUAAUCCUGAGGAAAAGGAUUUUUGUCGUGAAUACGACUUACUUUACUAUGGGGUGCCUUUUCAAAAUUUACCCUACGAGAGAGUGAUAAGUUUUUGAUCGUGAAUAUCUCUUGUUGUAUCUAACGAAUCAACAUAAUUUUUGCUACAUGCCAUCGGAAAUAUGAUCACAAUUUUAUGAUAAAAUUUUCAGUUGGGUGACAUAAACUCAAAUAGUUCAAAAUUAAACUUUUCUGAAAUGUUUGGUAUAAACGAGUAUCAAAGAGAAUAAUUCAUAAGGCGCGUUUACCUUUCUCGUAUUUUGAAAGCUCAUAGCUCAGUGAUCUGUGGUAGGAUUUAUAUAAUCUAACUACCAAUAAAAUCGAAAUUUUUCAACUUAAACGUGUAUAGCAAAAGUAUUGAAGAAUUUCAAUAGUACACUAUUAAAAAACCUGUUUCAUUUGACCCAUGUCAACACUAGCCAAUCAGAACGCGUUCUGAGGAAGAGAACAAAAUAACUGCUUCUGUACAACAAAUCGUUCGAGAUAAAUGUUCCGAAAAGUGGUGAAUAUCGUAGUGAGUUUCUCAAUUUGGUCCUUCUGAAUGCUAGAAAAGAAUCCCUACCGCAUAUUGAUAGUUUUUUUCAAUAAAUUAUGCAAAUCCGAAAUGAAAUAAUCGACAUUAAAAUUCUGUAUGCGGCUCUUUUUAUAGCCGUUAGGACCGCCCAUUAGUGAUAAAGCUACAAACGAAAUCACGUAAAAGAAAGCUCCUAACAAAAAUUGAAUCAGUUUGGAUUCUGAAAUUCACAGUAAUCGAGAUCAAGUGAAGCCUUCUUUGUUUUUGCGAGAAAUGUGAAAAGAGGGAAUGCUUGCAUAAUUCAUACAAUUGAUCAACUAAUUGAUAUUCGGAAGUGUUAAGGAACAUGUCAGUUGUUUUCAUAUUCACGACAUCCAGUUAUGUCUCUGACAUUACCCACCCGCCUUUUUGUUUCACAUUUGGAGAGCUAAGAAAUUAGCUCAGAUUGCAACUAUGUUGUCACCAGCCACGCUGUAAUAUAUCAUUAGCCUCAUUAACUGAUUUUUUCUAGAGAAAGUAACUUAUUUCUUUUGAAAUUCGAACUUUUUUCUGAUUCAGAACAGCAAACUGUGCGAAUUGAAUCAAUACUGACGCUACUUGUAUGAAAAGGGGUUCUUUUUAAAUAUGGCGUCAUUAAAAGUUUGCGAUUAUAAGGCGGGACGAACAGAAGAAAAAUAAUUUCUGAUUCGUAGAGAUCAAAUUUCGAAUCUUAGAAUAAACAGAACAAAUCGUUGAUUUUUCUAUCAUGUCAAGCUAGAGCUUGAGAACAUUUGCUUUGAAUGCGAAGUUUCUACUGUUGAGCAUUGACUGGUUCGGGGCGAACGGUGCUCAAAGCAGGCCAGCCACCAUCGCUUUUGAAUAGAUUUUAGCGCAUUUUUCUUCUAUGAAGAGAAGCUACAGUUUUCUGUCACUUUCGAUACAGUUUUCUGUUUCUUGGCUAGGCAAAAAUUUUACGUGCACUGGAGGACUGCGCCUGACAGAUAACGAUGUCGUCACUCCUCACUCUAGCCUCACUGCUAGCGACUAAUUGUGUAAAACCGCUGGUUCUUUUCCGACUAACAAACAAGAAGAAAUUGUUGAAUUUCGAUCAUGGUUUUUCUUUUGUUCUAACUAGAGCAAAAAAUCUCGAUUCCUAUUUUAAUGGAAGAACAAAUUGCAUUUAGUUGUUUGUAAUAAGUUCUAAAAAGAACCGAAUUAUUAAAAUAAUUUCGAGAGUUUGAAAUAGUUGAUGGAGCUUUUCUCGAACGCGCAUCCCUGGAUUCUGGACCAACAUUCUGCAAUUGAACUCUGAAUCUGAAACUGGAAUUGAAUGCUGGGCUGGGAUUCUGGAACUGAAUUAUGAAACUGCAGUCUGAACCUGGAUUCUGGAACUGAGCUCUGAAAUUUGAUUCGAAAACUGAAUUUUGGGCCUGGAAUUGAAUUCUAAAGCUGGAUUCUGCAACUGAAUCCUGGACCUGGAUUCUAAUACAGAAUACCGAACCGGAUUUUGAAUUCAAAACCUGAAUCCUAAAACAAAACUCUGAACCUGAAUUCUAGUAUUGAGUACUGGAGCUGGACUCUUAAUUCUGAAUCAGAAUUUUAAAACUAAAUUCGAAGCCUGAAUUCUAGACAUUAACACUGGGCCUGGACUCUGGAAUUGAAUUGUUUGCAAUAAGUUUCUCGGUUCUAAAAAGAACCGAUUGAUUAACAUCAUUUUGAGGAUUCGCAAUGUUGAUAAUAGUUUCCGGUAAAGCGCACUCCUGGAUUCUGAACCAAGAUUCUGAAAUUGAAGUCUGAAUAAAAUUUAAUGCUGGGCCUGAAUUCUGGAUAAAUUUUCUGCAACCUGGAUUUACGGAUUUAACUUUGAACUUGGAUGCUAAAAUUAAAUUUUGGAUCUGCCAUUGAGUUCUACAUCUGGAUCCUGGAACUGAAUACUGAAAAUGAAUUCUGGCUCUGGAAUCUGACACUGAGUUUGAAACUGAAUUCUGGAACUAAAUUUUGUUUCAGGAAUUGAAGUGUACACAUAAUUUCUGGAACUGAAUGUUUGAACUGAGUUCUGGAUGCGAACUCUGAACUGAGGUUCCGGAACUGAAUUCGUUUAGAGUUGAAUUCGGAACCUGGAUUCUGGAGCAUGAAUAAGCAAUUGAAUUUGAAUCCUGGACUCUAGAACUGAAAGUUGGAUUCGGAAUAAAGUUUCUGAACCUGGGUUCAAGAACUAAAUUCUGUACCUGUAAUCUGGAACAGAGUUCUGAACCUGGAAGAGAAUUCUAAACCUGAAUUUUGCACCUGGGUUCUGGUACUGAAAAUUUGCUUCUUAAUUUUGAACCUUAAUUCUAAUACUGAAUUUUGUAUUCUAAAACUAAUUACUAAACCUGAAUUCUAGGACUGAAUUCUAGAUAAAGUUUUCGAAGCUGGAUUGAAGAACUAAGCUCUGGAUCUGGAUUCUGGAACUGAAUUCUGAAAUUGAAUUUUGGACCAGGAAUUUAUUUCUUCACUUGGAUUUUGCAACUGAUCUUUUUAACUAAAUUUUGGACCUGUAUCCUGAAAUUAACCCCUGAGCAAGGAAGUGAAUGCUGAACCUGAAUUCUGGAACUAAAUACUGAACCUGGAUUCUGGUACUGAAAGCUUGAUUCUGAAUUUUAAACCUGUAUUCUAAAUCUAUAUUUUGAAUUCUAAAACUAGAACUAGAAUUCUGGAUAAAGUUUCUGAACCUGGAUUAAAGAACUACAUUCUGGAGCUGGGCUGAAUUCUGGAACUAAAUUCUGGAACUGAAUUUUGGACCAGGAAUUGAUUUCAUAAUCUGGAUUUGGCUUCAAUUCUGGACCUGUAUGUUGGCACUAAGCUCUGGACUUGGAAGUGAAUUCUGAACCUGAAUUCUGAAACUGAAUUUUGUAUCUAAAUUCUAGAACAGGAUGCUGAACCUGAAUAAUCUGGAUAAAGUUUACCUGAACUAAAUUUUGGACCUGUAGUAUGGAAAUGAAUUCUGAUUCUGGAUUAUGGGACUGGUAGCUGGACCUGGAUUCAAAAUUUGGAAUGUGAAUUCUAAAACUAAAUUUUAAACCUGAAUUCUAGAACUGAAUUUUGGAACUAAAUUCUGGUCUUUCUAAUUGAGCUCUAAACUUGGAUUCUGGAUAAGGUUUCUGAACCUAGGUUUAAGAUCUACAUUCUACUACUACUACUACUCAUUUCUGGAAUUGAAUUCUGGACCAAAAAUUGAUUUCUAGCCCGGAAUUUUGUAACUAAACUCUAACUAAAUUCUGUAUUGUGCUGUGUAUUGUUUUGGACUUGGAAAUAAAUUCUGGAACUGAAUGCUGGACCUAAAUCCUGGACCUGGGUUCUGGUACUGAAAACUUCUGAAUUUUGAACCUUAGUUCCAAAACUGAAUUCUAAAACUAAAUUCUGAACCUGGAUUCUAGUUGGAUAAAGCUUCUGAACCUGGAUUGAAGAACUAAAUUCUUGACCUGAAUUCUGGAAUUGAAUUCUGAAAUGAAUUCUAGAACUGAAUUUUGAAACGCAAUUUCAGACUAGGAAUUGAUUUCUAACUUUGAAUUCUGCUGCUGGAUUCUGGACCUGUAUUCUGGAACUGGGAGCUGAAUUUAGCACCUGUAACAGAACUCAAAACUAGAUACCAAAAUUGAAUUUGUGUACUGGUUUCUGAACUGAAUUCUGCACCUGAACCGACCGAAUCGAGGUGCUUAUGGUACAUUGGCUAAAACAUACCGCUCAGUCAACUGCGCAGACUAUAAUUAAGAAAAAGUAUCAAAUUUCUAUCUUUUUAUAACCACCGGUUAAUUAUUAUAGGAAAGAAAUAGUGCUCACUACUCCAAAACCGUCAUCCUAGGACGAUUAAGGCAAACACUUGUCGUAGUGAAAUUGAAUGAUUUACGAUACGGAUUGGUCAACAAUCCCCCAUAUUCUCCAGAACUGGCCCCCAGCGACUAUUAUCUAUUUCUAAAUCUGAAAAGGUUUCUCCAAGGAAAGCAAUUCUCAUCGAAUGCUGAGGUCUAUUCGCUUCGCGGUUCAAACAUAAACCGCUAAGCAGACAUAAAAUUAUUGUUGUUUGCUAUUAAAUUUUAAUUUUUGAUUGUUAUUUUCUCAAUCUACUGAAAAUGUUAGUAGAAAUUGUUGGAACCAAAUUUUUAUUCACGAUUAAGUUCUACCCAUUUUUUGUACAGGUAUUAAAAUAAGAUGCAUUCUCGUUGAUGAUUUGCGUUUCAUAAUACCUUCCCUCUUCUUUGAGGUGUAGGACGGUUUAAAAUAUAGUUAACCUCUAUUUUUUUUGAAGCGGCAGUGUUAGCCAUUUAGAGCAGUGCAGUAAAAUUUCAUUGAAUUCUAUUGAAACCGAAUGUGAAACACACUGACGAUCUCUCUACUGCAGUAAAUUUCACACUCUGACACACACAACGUCAAAUCAAAUCAAAUCAAAGCUCAGUUUAACCACCGUAUGUUGAUCUCUUGACCUGGAUUUUGGAACCAGUUGUCGUAUGUUUGAGCCCCGACCUGGAUGGAUUCUUAGUGUCAGUAGGAUCCAUAGUACUAGCCAUGCAAUAAUUCUGUACACUAAGAAUCGGCUGCGAAGUCUGUUGAAACAGAAAGGCCAAAUUCCACAAAAGGAAUGUAAUGCCAAGACUUUGCUGUGAUCUCUUGAAAUUGAUCUCUUGAAGUAACAAAAUAUCUCUUCCAAUAGUGUGAGAGCGGCGUUCAAAAGAGGUUUAUGUAAAAAGUCGAAUUGGUGAUGAUGAUGAUGGUCCCACCUCAUACCCCUACAAAGGUGUGAGCAGAACGAGUUAUCUAAAUGAUAAUUAAUAUUUUUGCACAUAUCUUAACCAGUAAACAAAAGAAAACGAUCUGAUUAAUCUAGCAGGUAUUGAUUCUUCUUCAAAAGAACGACUGACCACAAAAUAACAUUCAAAUAUUUCGAAUUUACUAUCCAGGGUUAAUCAAGAAAAUUUCCAACCCGGGAAGAUCCUUGAUCACAUCAGGAAUCGAACCCGAUAUCUUUACCAGUAUCAGACAGUAAUUCACCUGGCCCUUCCCGCCGGACCAGUUCAUCGCUACACACAUCAGCUACGAUGGAGUAACGAGACUGCGGAUGAACAGAGCCAAGCCCAAUUCCAUCAACAACUGUCGAUCCCAAUUAGUUUCCCGAAUCUAUUCCUUAAAUUAUUAAUCAAACCUUGCGAUCAAGGUCAAGAGCUCUUCGGCCGGUCCUGUUCGCUUUCCAAAAUUGGUGCAAGAUAUUAGAUGAAAGACAAACCAGGUAGCUGAAAUAUCAAUUACAGUAUAUACCUCAAAUUAAUAGUUUCCUCCUCCAGUUUUCAUUUUUAAUACUUUAUACUUCAUUUAAAAUUCUAUUCAUUCGAACUUGCUCACUACCAGGAGCGAGUACAAUGACGGAGCUAUACUAUUUGGCAUUUGAAACUGAGCAAGCAAAACUUCAAAUGACGAUGAAUGCUGGGUGCUUCAUUUGAAAAUGGCAUCAAAAGGUCAUAUGAAUUUGUAUCAAUAUGCUGACAGUCAGUGGCCAUUCAUUUCAUUUUCAUCUGAUAUCAUUCGAUUGAAAAUGAAAUUUUACCGCACUGAUUUACACCCUCUCUUUUUGAUACUACCGCGUCGAAGUUGAAGCUGGCAGGGUUGUUAGGGUCAGUUAGGUCGUACCAAGCAAACUUCGAACCAUGGCCAAACAUGCUAUUAGUCUUAACGUCUUAAAGACACUAACGGGGCGGCAUGAGAUAGGAACUUUUGAACUUUUGAUAAUCAUCGGUAGUUGGAUGUUUUCGGUGAUUGAUCCGAGUGAAUGCACCCCUCGGCUUUGCGUCAGCACGCGCCCACCGGUUGACGCUUUCUUUGUGUUCCCAUCGCAUAUUAGUAGUUAUUUGCAUUCUCACCACACGUCCGGGGCCAAACAAAUUUUUGACUGCACAUGUGUGAUAGGGACGGCUGCUUUGUGACCGCCUGUUUCACCGAAUAGUUAUGUCUAAAUUGUGAUUUAUGUUGCUAUUCAUGCCCCACACCGUCGUCGUCUGCGUGCGGCUGCUGCUGGUGGCGCUGCCCGAGAACCGCCGCCGUUGAUACGCAUUUUCUGUUUUAUCUGAGUGCUGCUGCCUGUUAAGGCCAUUGUUGUCUUGCGGUAUGCUGGCUGAUGGCGUACCGAACGACCGACCGACCGUGUUGCGAAACGUGAAUCCAACCAGCAUUCGGCCGAGGCCGAUUGUUUGUUCAACUCCAAGAGCUACCGUGUUUCCAAGUGGCACCACCAGAGUGGCGCUGGGAAGCGUCUACCGCGGAUGCAACCGCGCAAUGUUCGACGGUUGUUGCAAGCAACCGCCGAGAGCCAGCAAUCAACUGUUGAAACCGGGCGACGGCCACCGGGUCAGUGAGAAUUAAUCACUAUCCAAGUGCUGACUGUUGUUCAUUGUGUGACUUUCAGUGCGCACCAGUUCAGUGAGAAAUUCGAUAUCAGGGUUGAAGUUUUUUUUUCUUUCGUAAUUCUAACCGUCGCCGGGAAAAGGCCUUUUGCGAUGAUGAAAUUUAAUCUGUUCCGUUCGGUGUCGUAUUUGAGAGUGUCCCCCUGGGCAGAUUUCUAGUUGAAGGAGUUCUAAUUUUCCUGAUUUUUUUUUUGGUCAGCCUGAGUUUUUUUUGUCCGAUGGUCGAGGAUCAUGGGUAGGACGAAAAGCAAGGAUAAAAUAGAAAUAGUUUCUUCUUUUUUUUGUAUUCCCAAAUCUAAAUCCAAUCCAUCUUCGUCUUCCUCUACUCGGACUCAAAAACCUGUUGCUGCAAAUGCCUACCACAAAAAAUGUUCAUUUUUUUGUAUCCUUCAGUUCCAAUCAGCAUUUAAAGCAUAUUCGGUUUCAGCCUGCGUACGUCACCAAAACCACUUGAAUGAUUGAACAAAAAAAAAAAAAAAAACACCGAACUAGUUUGUCUCUGACACGAUUUCAAGUCGCGAAAGCUUAUCCUCGGGCGAAAGCUUUUAGGGAUGCUCAAGUGAUUCAGAGGGGUGUACGGCAGCAACCAAAACCGACUCACCCCCAAUUUGGAUGGUGUCGCCAGUAUCCUUCGGCUGUCAAAUUUAGCACUAAUGGUAACCUUUUUCGGAGCUGCCCCGACUUGAUCAACUUGAUCAACAAGUGCAAUUAAGGCUAACCAACGACAUAUCGAUUGAAUCGAUUCUGAUUAGUUCAAUUAAACGCAGACUGACUGACUGACGGAGGCUAAGUCAGCGUUCCUCAGUCUUGAAAAGACGUGCUCGGAAUUGACGAAAACGGUUUUGCAAUUAUGUCGGGCCUGGGUGGAUCGCGGACUGGUUUUGUGUUUUACACUCUAGAUCCUCACCGGCGGCCAUUAGAAAACGACAACAUUUAUUUUUCUUCCCUAUCUCAACGGCUGCAAAAAGCCCUAGGCAGUAGAAGACAGUAAUGACGUUUAAUUGCUGCACCACGAUCGCGCGACAGCAACGCCGUUCCAGAUCGAUCGCGUACGAUCGUUGUGUCACGUGCGUGCAUCGGUGCAUUUCAAUGUCAAGCGCGAAAGCGCGUUUUCGCCGCUCCUCAGUUGGCAAAUAUGUGUCGCUGCAUGCCUGUUAGAUUCAUGUCACUUUCGGAUGUCAUCGCACAGAAAUUUAUCACUAGCUGCUUGGUUGAUUCGGUUCGGUUCGUCGGCUUUCCGACUCCGACUCCUGGACCAGUUGUUGAUGAUGAUGAGUGAAAGUAGAUAAACUUGUUCAAUGCCAGACGUAGCCAGACGGUAGGGCGUUUUGUCCCUGGUGACAACCGGCUAGACGAGACUAUCUCCUCGAAGUCUCGAAAAUUUUAUCCCUUAUUUUUCCCUUCACAACGAACGUUCUUCCAAGUCACCAGUUUUGACCUCAAUUGUUUUGGAAUUGCAUUUUUUGUUGGUCGAAGAUCGCACAAAGCAUCCAGGGUGCGUCUCUCUGACUUUCCCGGUCAGCCAGAAGUGAAAAACUUUCAAGAGUUGGCAACCCAACCAUGACAGGGCUUACCGAAAAAAAAACCAGUUUCCUCUGUACCCUUAGGACUUGUUGUUGUUGUUGUUUCUUCGGAGACUGCAAUUUUUUUUGAACGACCGGCCAACCGCCGUCGUCGUGAAGUGCAAUGUAUUGUUUUAUUGUCUGCAGUCUGUGCAGUCGUUUGCAAAAGAAACCGUUUACUUACCACAGAAGAGAGAAGAAGACCAAACAAAAACAAAAAAAAAAAACGCAAUUUCGAAUUAAAAUUUAUUGCCCAUUUGCAAUUGGUUGUGUGGCCGGUUUCUCGAACCCGAACUUCGAAGGGCCUACCGAAAAAGAAAAAUCGCUUGGCAGUAAAUUUUGGGCCGAAAUUGCACAAACUGCACUGCAUUUACUUACUCACUAAAGGGGAGGGAGGGUUAGUGCUGCGGCAGCCGGCCUUCAUUAGACUGUCCCAGCAGCAUCGUAUGCAUCGAAUUACUCGUUUCCGGACCAAAUUGCUAGCCUGGAGCAGCCGCUGGUCGUCCGGCCGUCCGCGGCCGUCCUGUCGAAAGGUGAUGCUGAUUUUGCGGAUAGAAUAAUAGCGAUUUAUUAAUCAACUAACGAGCCCGGGGUGUAACGGUGUUUUCGAAAUUAUAUUGUUUUGUUUUUUCUUCGUCUGCCGCCGUCAGAGUGUUGUUGAGUACUAUAAUUUCCGAAUUUCCGAAAGCCGCGAUUAUGAAAAGAUCCUUUUCAUUUUCUUUUUUCAUUUCAUUUUUAACGACAGGAGACCGAUUAUGUCCUUUCAUUACCAGUUUUGAAAAGUCCGAGUUAUGUGCAUUGUUUUAUGUCUUGAAUACGAAAAGGGGUCAUUUUAAUUAUAGAAAAGGGGUCUGCGGAUAUUGUAUUUGACUUCCUUUAAUUCCUCAAGUAUCUAUUGUUGCUCCGAAACACAAUUGUUGGCUAACAGUUGAAAAGUGUCUGAAGGCUGACUGUUAUUGCGAAUUUCUUAAUUGAUUCUACACACAAAUAUGUGUCUUGUGGAGAACAGAACUCUAGUUUCGGGUACCCGAGUAAAACGAACAAACCUAGACAGAUGUGAUCACCGCUUCCUCUGCGGUGACAUUCGCGAUUGAUCUGUUAGAGGUAAUCUAUUAAAGUCUUGAUGAGAUAAAGAGAAAUCUGUCCCGAGCCCCUCACAGAAAAGACGUUUCACAGUCACAGUUUCGAACCGAGUGUAUUUUUUGUUGAGAACAAGCAUCUAGAAGGCCUAAUACCAAAUUUAAUGACAAUCUAUCUGAUCGUGUCAGACGUCUAGUUUUCAUCGAGCUAUAGAAAAUGAUGCACCAGCGCAUUCAUGAAUAAAAGCAACGGUGAAUUUGAAUGAUUUACGGUACAACUUGGUCCACCAUCAUCCCCCGUAUUCUCCAGAUCUGGCCCCCAGCGACUAUUAUCUAUUUUCAAGCCUGAAAACGGUUUCUCCAGGGAAAGAAAUUUUCGUCGAAUGCUGAGGUUAUUGCAGAAACGGAGCCUAUUCAAGGGGCAUUAAAAUGCCAAGUGUAUCGCUCUACUGAAGAAUAAAAAAGUUUUCAUGGUAAAAAAAUCGACUUUUUCAUUGUUAGAGCCGGGACUUCUCAUUCCACGUAGUAUCUACCAAAUUUUCUUAAAAAAAUAUUAAAUUCGACGAAUUGACCUGCGGUGAAAUAAUUAUUGAAGAAAUGGUUUUCGACGAAACGGCUUUCGACGAAAAGGCUGUGGGUGAAACGACUGUCGAUAAAACGGUUUUCUGUAAAACGGUUUUUAUCAAAAUAAAUAUUAAUAGAACCACAAUGUCGGCCUAAUGGCUUUCGACAGAACGACUUUCAGUCAAAUGGCCUUUGGCGGGCUUCCAUUCAUUGAAGCGACUUCCGUCGAAAUUUUUUUCUGUAAUUUGACUCCCUCUAUAUUCAGGGUGUUUUUAGGAGGUUUUGUUUUUUUUCAAUUGAGGUCACUCUAUAGUCUGAAAUUUAUUUUAACAGUGUAAAGUGACGUCUCUACUCAGUAUUGUUUGGCAAAUCAUCAUGAAUAGGUUAACUGCAAAUCGUGGAUGUUCAUUUUCAAAAUCUGUGUUCGAUUGAAACUGUUUUUAGAGCACUUCUUGAAUUUUAUGGUGCACAUAAUCGUCCGUAUGAGACCACCAUGAAGAACGUGAUUAUCAAAUUUUGGCUUACCUUCACUCUUUUGGUUAAUCAUCGGUCCUUAUUUCGUUAAAAAUGAUGAAAGACUAAUGCCGUAGAACGCUUACGAGAAUUUCUUCGAGAUUUAAAAAUAUAUUUUCAUCGAUUCGACGAAUAUCGAUGAUACAAUUGUUACUCGUUUGGAACUUAUAAUGUACAAGCAAAAGUUUUUAUCCUAAAAGAAAUCAUUUUAUUGAAACGAUGUUUUCAGUAAAACAUUGAAAAAAAAAACAAACGGCUUAUGAUGAAAUGAUUUUCGACAAAAUGACUCGAAGAAAUGGAUUUCGAUGAAACGACAUUCGGUGAAAUGGCUUUUCACGAAACGGCUUUCGAAAAAAUGGAAUUUUCUUCAAAAUAACGCUUAAGGCCAAAUUAAUUCUAAUCAACUUUAAUUUGAUUGAUUCGGUGAAAAGUUGUUUUUGAAGAAAUGUUUUUUUUUUACAAAACCUCGACUUGAUGAAAUGACUUUCGACGAAACGACAUUCGGUGAAACAGCUUUUCACGAUACACGGCUUUCGAAAAACGGGGUUUUAACAGAACGAUGCAGAAGGCGAUUUCCAAACCAAUAACCUUAAUUUGAUUGAAUUCGGUGUAAUUUUUUUUUUGAAGAAAUGGUUUUUUUAACAAAACAACUUUUGAUAAAAUGAUUUUCGGUAAAAAGACUAGAUGAAAUGACUUUCGAUGAAACGACAUUCGGUGAAAUGGCUUUUCACGAAACGACAUUCGGUGAAAUAGCUUUUCACGAACCGGCUAUCGAAAAAAAAACGGAUUUUUUCAAAACAACGCUUAGGCCAAAUUAAUUUCAAACAAAUAACUAAUUUGAUUGAAUUCAGUGGAAAUUUUUUUUUGAAGGAAUGUUUUUUUUUCUACAAAACAACUUUUGAUAAAAUGAUUUUCGGCAAAAGACUCGAUGAAAUGGCUUUCGAUGAAACGACAUUCGGUGAAGUUGCUUUUCACGAAACGGCGGAAUUUUAACAAAACGAAGCUAAAUGAUCACUAAUCAAAUAACUUUAAAAAAGGCUCACAGUGAAAUUACUUUGGACGAAACUAGUCCCGGCGGAACGGUUUUCGAUAAAAAAAACUCUUAAAGGAAAGGCCUUCGGUUAAAUCACUCUUUCAGUUUCAGUAGCAAAAGCAUUAUUUGUUUUUGUAUCGGUUUCUGACGUUGCUAGUUUGUCAAUUUUGAUUUUCUGACCAGACCGAAAUAGUUUAAAUUUUUCCCAGUUUAAAAAUUUCUUUUUCGUGUACACACAACCGCUAGUACUUCCUCGAAUAAUUUUUUCAAUGUCCUUGGAAUAAUUGUUAUUCGUUUAUGUAGGUACAGAUAACAGUGACAAAUUGUUUUCAAUGAAAAUAUUUUCAUUUAAAUUCAUUCAGUUCGGUGAAUUGAUCUUUGACGAAAUAUUUCUUUCGUGGUGAAAUAAGUUUCCAUCAAAAUGUUUUUCUUUUGACAUGACUUUCGAUGAAACAAUUUUCGGUUGAGUUGAAACAAUUUUUCGGUUGAGAUGAAACAAUUUUCGGUUUUCGACGAAAAACAAAAAGAAAUUGAAAUGGUUCUAAAUAAACGAAUUUUGCACUAGUUAACUUUCGACGAACUAGCUUUCGACAAAAUGGCUUUCGACGAAACCACUUUCGGUGAAAUGGCUUUCGACGAAACAGCUUUCGAUGAAAUGGCAUUCGACGAACUAACGUAUUUUGGUGAAAUGGUUCUGAAAAAAAAUGUUUUUCCCGGAGUGCUUUCGAUGGAGCGGCUGUCGGCGGAAACAACUUUCGGUGAAAUGGCUACGCAUAAGCGACCAAAAAAAUGAAGCAUUUACCAAAAAACGACCUUUUGCGCUAGUUGGCUUUGAUGAAACAAUUUUCGGUGAAAUGUUUAUCUAUGAAAUAACUUUCGCUGAAAUGGCUUUCUAUGAAACAACUUUCGGUGAAAUGGCAUUCGACGAACCAGUUCUCCACGAAACGACUGUUUUUUAAAUGGCUAUCGAUGAACGACUUUCGGCAAAAUUAUUUAAAAACGGAACGUACUUUGGUGAAAUGGUUUUAAAAUUUUUUUUCCAAAGUACUUUCGAUGAAGCAACAGACGACGGAAACAACUUUCGGUGAAAUGGCUCACGCAUAAGCGACAGAAAGAGUGAAGCAGCUACCAAAAAACGAGCUUUUGCGCUAGUUGGCUUUGACGAAACAAUUUUCGACGAAACAACUUUCGGUGAAAUGGCAUUAGAUGAACCAGCUUUCGACGAAACGACUGUUUUUUUUUCUAAUGCGUUCGAUGAAACGACUGUCGGCGGAAACAAUAUUCGGUUAAAUGGCUUUCGCAUACAAGACUUUCCACGAAAUGGCAUUCAUCAGAACGAUUUCCGUUGAAUUGUUUUUUGGCGAAAUGAUUUUUCGCGAAACUAUCGACAAAAAAGGGUAAAACGGCAUUCGACGAAAUAGGAUUCCAUCAAAAUGAAUUGUUCUUACGUAAUGGCAUUCAAAGGAACGACUUCGGAGCGGUUUUUGACAAAACGUGUUUUGGUGAUUAUCAAAUCUACGUUUUGCAAAAGUGCUUUUUACGAAACAACUUUCGGUGAAAUGGCUUUGAAAUAAAUGACUUUCUACGAAAUGGCUUUCACCAGAACGGCCUCUGUAGAAACGACUUUCGCCACAAUUGGCGAAGUAUUGGCCCUCGAAACUCAGCCUUUGAGCAAAUUGCUAUCGACAAAACGGUAUUCGGCGAAAUGGAUUCAAUCGAAUUUUUUUUGAUUCGAAAUGGUUGUCGAUGAAACGACUUCCGCAUGUUUAAAAAAAACGGCUUUUUGCAAAAGUACUUUCAUUUCAAGAUAGAAAAAAUAUUGUCUGAAUGGCUCACCAUUUUUUUGUAUGAAGGUAGGAAAACUGAAAUUCUUAGUUGCAUUGUUUAGUAGGCAUAAAACCUCCUCAUUUUUUUUUACUAUCAGAUUAUGAGAUAUUCAAAUUGUGCAAUUUUUGCAAGUUGAAUUUUACUGCUACCUACUUGUUUAGCAAAUUUUCGAAACAUUUUCCCAUCGAGCGUGUGAUGAUGCUUUGCAACACGAAACAAAAUGUCAUCGUAACUGCAAAAAUCCCCCCCCCCCCCCCCCACGCCUGAAUUUUUCUUCAGCCAAGCCCACGAGGAUGCCCGGAAGAUUGAUCAUUAUUUUCCAGCAGAUCAAAAUUUGAUAGUCAUCCUUCCUUAAUUUUGUGGUUGGCGAAAACAAAAAAAAAACACAGAAGCCUGUAGCCCGUGGUCAAGCAACCUCUUAGUGGCUUAUUUUCCAAUCUACUGCUGAUUACUGUUUCCGGCCGUACCGGCGACGGCCAGAGACGUCAUUAAACAUCGGGUGAAUCAUCAGGUGGUUUGGCAAAUGUAACGUUUUGUAACGCAGUUCACGCAUCCACCCCGUUUCCGGGGUGAUAUGGGCUAACGAACCCCAACAAUUCGUUUCACGUGGCUAACCAUCCAAACUAGGGAACCUCAUAUAACUCGUAGAAGCAAAAAAAUAGUAGAAAACCUCCAAACUGAUCACAACCUUAAUCCGGAGAGGCGAGUGAGCAAAAAAAAAUGAAAAGAAAACUACCGGCGUCGAUGUGGUUUGCGAAAUGGAAGGGAACAAAAAAGCCAAAUUGCUCACGAUUACAUGACACCCUUUCAUCAUUCUCGGUAACCCAACCUUGGGGCGAGUUCUCGCUAACGACCAUCCCUAAUUGACAUUGAGCGCACUUUUCUGUUUUUUUUUGUUUUUUGUUUUGUUUUGCUGUUGUGUAGAUAAUAUUAUUUAGUUUCGCUCGUCCGCGGCAUCGAGCCGGCGUUGGUGAGUUGACUUUGUCAAACUUUGAAAAAAAAAAAAACAUUCCGUCGGACCAACCGAUGGGGUUGCGCUUGGGUUGCUAAACCUAAGAGAAAGAGAGGGGGACAGGGAUGUGAUCCAAGAUUGAGGAGGUGGUUCGGAGGAAGUUGGGCGGACCGACAGACAGACAGACAUCACCGACUUGUUGGUUACGCCAGAGAACGCUCUUCUUUCGCCAAUUUUCCCAUUCACGUAAUUUAUCGGCUCCUCCAAACAAUACCUGGUGAGCCUCUCGUGAGGGUGAUGGCUUUGUGGGGGAGCUCUGAGAACCGCAAAUAAUAGAGUGCCUCGGUGUGGUGCGCGGAACAAUAAAAAAAUGAAAGUGAAGCCCGACCAUCCGCGCGAACGCACCAGCGCUCAAAUUGGCCUCCUCACUUUCCCUUUUUUCGUGUCGAUGGAAGGCACGGUUAAUGAACAUCCAGUUGUGGGAGGGGGGAGGAGGCCGUGACUUCAUUCUUGACGCUCGGUACUUUUAACUGGUAUGGUGACAGUGGUACCGACUCCCAGCUGCUAGGAUCUAGACUUUGAUUGCUUUGAAGGUUAGAUCUGAGAUCUUGAUUGGCGUCGUCGUCGUCGUCGUCGUCGUCGUCGAAUCUGAAGUUUACUACCAUGAAAACAGCAAAUCUACGAUUUCUCACCGAAAAGCGCCAGUCAUGCGCCGGUCGUCGGUCGCUAAGUGGCUAAGAUCUAAUUUCAACUGAUCCGUCACUCGCCACAAACAAUGCCGAAUAUUUGCCGUUUUUUAUUUUUGUUACUCUCUUGUAGGAUCACUUUAGGCUCAUCAGUUCCACACGUUGAACUUCCCGGACGGUUAUCAGCGGUUCAUCUUGACAGGUUUCCUGCCCUGAUGGGUCGUAAUUUAUUUUCUCUAGCAUGACUUUUAUAGCCUUAUGGCUUCGUGUUCGGUAUUAAUUCUAAAUUUAACAAAACCACCAUCAUUUGCUUGCUUCGGCAGCUCGUAUUCGUAUAGCAAAUACAUAUCAAAGUUGAACGUUUUUGAGCGAGAUGAUGUCCUCGAAUUGGACGCCUUCGCACGGGUUCAGUCCACUUUUUGUCUGCAUACUUCUUUCGGCGUUUUCUGUCGCUCUCUGCAAACACUGAAGGACCCUUGGAACACGUGCUCGAAAAACAGUUCCACGAAAAUAGCUACCGGUCGGUGAUCGUGUGGAUCCGCAAGACCACCCAUCAGUUUUGGUGACUGAGAUGUUUUGAAGAACACAACGGCCCUUCCAAGAAGGUAGCCUCCAAGAUGAGAGAAGAUUCAAUGUUUGUUGGUUGAUUUGUUUGAUCAAUUUUUGGAUGGGAGUAGACUUACUUGCACUUAAGUUUGUAACCAAUUUCAAUUCAGAAACUGAGAAAAAGCGUAUGAUUCGGUGAAAUGACCACUUCGGUCAAAUGACCUCUAGUGGAUUGGCUUUCAUUGCUUGAAAUAUCUUCUAUUUCAUUAUCUGAAUAUCAUCUUGAACUUAAACUUAAGCUUACAAACAUUUCAAUUCAAAAAUUAAAAUAAUUUCAUGGAAUGACCAUUUCGACCAAAUGGCCUUCGGAGAAAAGACUUUCGGAUGAGCUUUCAUGAUUUUCAACUGUAGAAGAACGUUGCGAGACAAACUAUCUGCUUUAUUUACCUAAACUUGUUUUAUUAUGGCAGCUUAAGUUUGUGAAUAAGUUUAAUUCAAAAACUAAAAAUGAUGUAUUAUUCGGUGAAAUGACCGCUUUGGCCAAAUGACCUUUAGUGGAUUGACUUUCUGAGAAAAUGUCUUCAAGUUGAGAAUAAAGUAGCGAAGUAGAAUAUCAGCUUUCAUUAUUUGAAUAUCUUCUAUUAUUUGAAUUUAAGUUCACAAACAUAUCAAUUCAAAUAUAAAGACUAAUUGCUGAGUUGACCAUUUCGGCCAAAUGGCCUUCGGCGAAAUGACUCGGAGGAACUGGUUUUCAAGUUUAGAAGAACGCUCCGAGGUAAAAUAUCACCUUUAAGUACACAAACAAAUCUCGUUAUUCCAGCUUGAGUUUGUAAACAAUUUAAAAUAAAGAGCUAAAAUAGCGUAUGAUUCGGUGAAACGGCCUCUUCGGCCUUUUCUAAGAAACUUGAAGUUGAGAAAAAAGUAACGAGGCCAAAUAUCAGCUUUCAUUACUCGAAUAUCUUCUAAGACUAAGAAUUUAAGUUUGUAAACCUUCCAGUUCAAAAAUGAAAAUAAAUUCAUGGAAUGACCAUUUCGGCCAAAUGGCCUUCAGCGGAAAGGCUUUCAAAGAAACUGAUGUUCAAGUUCAAAAGAACGCUGUGAGGGAAAUAUCAACUUUGAUUACGUAAACGUAUUUCGUUAUUCCAGCUUGAGUUUGUAAACAAUUUAAAUUCAAAAACUAAAAAUAGUGUGUGAUUCGGUAAAAUGACUACUUCGGCCAAAUGCCCGCUUCGGCCAAAUGACCUUUAGUCGAUUGACUUUCCGAGAAAAUGUCUUCAAGAAAAAAGAAGCGAGACAAAAUGUCAACUUUCAUUACUUGAAUAUCUUCUAAGACUAAGAACUUAAGUUUGUAAACAUUUCAAUUCAAAAAUGAAAAUAAAUUCAUUACCUAAACAUAUUUCAUUAUUCCAGCUUGGGUUUGUGAACAUUUUAAAAUAAAAAGCUAAAAAUAGCGUAUUAUUCGAUGAAAUCUGAGGAACUGUUUUCCAAGUUGAGAAUAAAGUAACGAGGCCAAAUAUCCGCUUCCAUUCCUUGAAUAUCAUCGAAGACUAAGAACAUAUGUUUGUAAACAUUUCAAUUCAAAAAUUAAAAUAAAUUCAUGGCAUGACUAUUUCGGCCAAAUGGCCUUCAGCGAAAUGACUUUCGGAGGAACUGGCUGUCAAGUUUAGAAGAACGCUUCUAGGCAAAAUAUCUGCUUUAUUUACCUUUAAGUACGCAAACAAAUUUCGUUAUUCCAGCUUGAGUUUGUAAACAAUUUAAAAUAAAGAACUAAAAAUAGCGUAUUAUUCGAUGAAAUGACCGCUUCGGCCAGAUGACCUUCUGAGGAACUGUUUUCCAAGUUGAAAAUAAAGGAACGAGGCCAAAUAUCCUUGAAUUCAAUUCCUUGAAUAUCUUCUAUGACUAAGAACAUAUGUUUGUAAACAUUUCAAUUCAAUUCAAUUGGCCUUCAGCGAAAAGACUUUCAGAGAAACUGAUUUUCAAGUUUAGAAGAACGCUGCGAGGAAAAUAUCAACUUUUAUUACGCAAACGUAUUUCGUUAUUCCAAACGUAUUUCGUUUCCGUUUAUUGAGAUUGUAAACAAUUGAAAUUCAAAAAUUGAAAAUAGUGUGUGAUUCGGUGAAAUGACCACUUCGGCCAAAUGAUUGCUUCGGCCAAUUGAUCUUUAGUCGAUUGACUUUCUGAGAAAAUGUCUUCAAGACGAAAGUAGCGAUUCAAAAUAUCAGCAUUCAUUACUUGAAUAUCUUCUAAGAUUUGAACUUAAGUAAUGAAAAAUGAAAAUAAAUUUAUGGAAUGCCUAUUUCGGUCAAAUGGCCUUCAGUGAAACGACUUUCGAAGGAACUGAUUUUCAAAUUUGGAAGAAGGCUUUUAGGCAAAAUGUUAGCUUAAAUUAUUCUAUGUUGAAUAUGUGAACAAUUUUAAUUCAAAAACUAGUGUAAGAUUCGGUGAAAUGACCAUUUCGGUCAAAUGACCUUUAGUGAAUUUACUUUCUCAGAAACGAGCUGACUCUUUAAGGAACUGGUUUUCAAGUUGAGAAAAAAGUAGCGAGGUAAAUUAUCAGUUUACGUUACUUGAAUAUCUUCUAAGACUUGAACUUAAGUUUGUAAAAAUUUCAAUUAAAAAAUGACAACAAAUUCAUGGAAUGUCCAUUUCGGCCAAAUAGCCUUCAGUAAAAUGACUUUCGGAGAAACAGGUUUUCAAGUUUAGAAGAGCGUUUCUAAGCAAAAUAUCAGCUUAAAUUAUCUAAACAUUUUCCAUUACUCCAACUUGAGUGUGUGAGUGUGUUGCAUGACUUGAACUUAAGUUUAAACUCAUUUCAAUUCGACAGUAAAAAUAUAUUUCAAAGACUUUUCACUUCCGGCCUUCAGCGAAAUGACUUUCGGAAGAACUAGUUUUCAGGACGCUGCGAGGCAAGAUUUAAGAUUUCAGUACUUGAAUAUCUUCUAAGAUUUGAACUUUAGCUUGUAAACAUUUCAAUUCAAAAAAGGAUGAAAAUUUAUUCAUGUCGGCCAAAUGGCCUUCCGCGAAAUGACUUUCGAAGAAACUUUCAAGCUUUUCAAGUUUAGAAGGACGUUGCAAGGCUUAAUAACCUAAACAUAUUUUAAUAUGACAACUUAAGUUUGUGAACAAUUUAAAUUCAAAAACUAAAAACAGUGUAUGACUCGGUGAAACGACCAUUUCGGUCAAAUGACCUCUCUGAGAAACUGUUUUUCAAAUUAAGAAAGUUGCGACAAAAAAUCAGGUUUCAUUACUUGGAUAUAUUUUAUUCUUUAUACUUCAGUUUGUAAACAUUCCAAUUCAGUAAUAAAAUUGUACUUAUGGAAUGACCAUUUCGGUCAAAUGGCCUUCAACGACAUGGCUUUCGAAGGAACUGUUCAUCAAGUUUACAAUGAAGUUGUGAGACAAAAUAUUCCAGCAUCUUUUAUUAGCUGAACCUACGUUUUUUAACAUUUCAAUUCAAACAUAAAAAUCAAUUUCUGAAAUUGCCAUUUCGGUCAAACGGCCUUAGGCGGAAUGGCUUUCGGAUGAACUUUCAAAGUUUUCAAGUUUAGAAGGACGUUGCGAGGUAAAAUAUCAGUUUCAAUUAACUAAACAUAUUUUAUUACCCCAAUUUAGAUUAGUAGAUGAUUUUAAUUCGAAAAUUAAAAUUAGUGUAUGUUUGGGUGAAAUGGUUGAAUAAAGUUUCGUGAUCGAGUCCCGUCUCAAAGCAAAAUUUUUCGCCUGUUUUCAAUGCAGCUAUUUCAUUCAUCAGUCUUUUUCCGGUCUGUUUGUCGUGGGAUACUGAUUGAUGAAAAGCUUAAGAAGCACAUGCUAAAUGGAGUUUCUUUAGAUAAGUCUCAAUCCGAGAUCAUAAGGCUUGUUAACGACAAAAUCUGGACAAAAUAAAUUUUUAAUAAAACAAAUUGCUGUUAGUUCAAUUCAAGAUGCAUUUUUUUUUCAUUUAGUUGUGCAUGAUUAGUCAUCUUAAAACUAAUUACAGUUACCUUAUUAGACUGCAUGACGAAACUGCGAACUUUUGAGUUUAUUCUAGCCAUUAGGGUCUAUGCAGACUUCUCUGCAACCGAUUCCGCAGGUUUUGUCCAAGAUUUUCGAAAUUUUCCUAUAGUUGUAGUUUGUUGUUUAUAAUGAGAGAGUUAUAUCUUCACUUAUUGCCCAAUACCGUUCGAUAGGUUGCAACUCCGGUCAGUUUGGUGGAUUCGUAUCUUCUGGUACAACAGGGACUCGAUUCGUUUCAUACUAUUCCAAAACAUCUUUGGCGUAGUGACAAGAUGCCAAAUCAGAUCAGAAUAGCGAAGGAACGUCGUGGUUGUGUAGAAAUGGUAACAAUCGCUUCUUUAGCCAUUCUUCAUGGUAUUUUACUUUUCCGGUAGUGACGAAGCUUUGGCUUGCUCGACCACAGCUGUAUAUUGCCUGCCAAACCAAAAAUUUGUUGAGGUAAUUUGGCCUUUUCUUCGUCCUGAAAUGCUCCUCUACGUCGUUCCGUUGCAAGGCUGUAUUAAAAGAUAUUCCGGGAAGUAAGUUUCACGCAUAAGUUUCAUCGUCAGGAAAACUUUGCUAAAUAUUCGCGAUACAACUUGUGAGUCCGGGUUUUAGCCGUCAAAUUCUGUUAACCAUUAUGGUUCGGAGUUUGGAAGUAUGCACGAAAGUUAGAGAUAAUUUUGUUUUUCCAGCCACAGUACCGUACCGAAAGAUCUGGUCUCAUUUGCAAUAUUUGCUUCACCUUCGCGUCCUUCUGUUGGUUCCUGAGAUCCGCUCCUAGUCUUUCUGGUUGCUGCCAAACGUGUAUCGAAAGAUUUAAGAACGUUACGGACAGUGCUUGAUGGAAAACUAAGUUUUUUUUCGAGUUUUUUACUAACAGAUUCGGAUUUCCGUAGUGACUGCAAACAAUUGCUUUUCGCACUUAUUUUCUUUCGACGCCAUCUUUGAUCUGACAGCUUGUAGUAUCAUCAAAAAUUGAUUUUACACAAUGAACAGACAUUUGUUUAGCAGUCUGUGAAAUAUUUCCAGAGAUAUACAUAUUAUGAGGUGUCCAGAUUUUGUCGCGAACAAGUCUUGUAAAGCAUACAAUAUGUGCUUGUAAAUAGGAUAAGGGCUAUAGAGUUUUAUGUCUGCCUUAUAUACGCAUAUGAAGUGAAAAUGGAACCUUGGGAAUACUUUUUAUGAUGAGUAGAGGCCUCCAGCAGAACUAAACUGUAAUAAGAUUUUCAUAAGUCACGAGUGGUUUCGUCUGGUAUGGACCAUCCUGUCCUAACACGACGUAGGAAGGAAUUGGUUUAUUUUUCUAUCAGUAUUGUUCGAAACUUCUAAGAGGACAAUCGCUCUCAAAAUGAGCCUUGAGGACUUCGAAGCGGUCUUUCUGUGCACUUAUGCAAUCGAAUAGGUUGAAUGUGAAGUGCGCAGGUACGAAGAGUUAAAUAAUUUGGAUGGCUUAUUUGGACGUGGGAGGACAACAGUGACGUACAGAAAACAAAACAAAAUCUUAGAGCAGAUUUUCAGUAAUAAUCCUGUACUCCUUUGUGGAGCCAAGGUUGAACAUGCUAGAAAUUCGUUUUCUCAAAACAAUCAGUUCCACAAGCUCGAAACCUGUGUUUAGCGCAACCCACAUGGGAAAACUCGCGACUGGUCGGAACAUAAUUCUCUCGAAUUAUGCAACUUGUUUGGACCUGAGUUCGAUUAAAGCGUUUCUGGUUGGGAAACAGUACCGGCUUCGUUCAGCGCACUGCUAGUAGUUAUGGAUAUAUGGAACGGUUAUUCUCGGAGUUUUAUUUUUUUGCAUAGUUUUACUACUUCGGGAUAGGAUAUCCGGUGUUUUCAUUACAUCGAGGCGUAUUUGCCGUUUCAGUAAAUGUGUGGCAUUGGUGAUAUUUGGUCCAACAGCACAGCAGUUCAAAAGCAACACUGUCGCAACGCAAUACAACCCCUAAAUGAUCAGAUUCUCUGAAAUGGAAAAAUACUGCCACCGAGCUCAGGAUUCACCCGAAUCAAUCUCGCAGGGUUGAAGCGACGAACCCGACUUCUUCCCCCGGCAUUGGUCACCACCUUCGUCGUAACACAUCGAAAGAACAUGACUAAUCCCUCGGUUCGGUAGAACGCUCUAGGGCUCUUCCGAGACACAGAACACGCUAGAUCUGUAAUUAAAAUUGCGAUCAUGUCAGGCAGCGUUUGUUUUUCUGUGCGCCGCGAUCGUGAAUCAACUCCGACAACGGUGUGUGUGUGCGAAGGAAGGGAGACCCGCCUCUCAGAGGUGUGGAUAUUACGAAACAGAGUUCAAUUAAUCUUCCACCCAACGAAUGCCAAUCUUAUCAACAAGUGCCACGACGUUCGUGUAUUAGUUCGGAUCGUUAGCUCUGAUUGAUGGCGAUGAUUGUGUGCGGCUUCUGAGAACCUCGAUCUUCCCGCAUAACGCUUCUUCGGAUGGACGAACGGACGGACGGACGGAGUUGAAAGAAACUUUCGUUUUUAAUUAUUCUUUUAGGGGAAAUUGAUUGACGGGGUUCGACCUCGGGCGUGUUGCGUGGCCACGCAGGUACAGGCCGUCACCUCGAACCGAUAACUAUAUUAUUUUUCGCUGCUUCAACUGUCAGUCGAAUUGUUGAAAUAAUUUUACCUGUCCGAUCGUGAAGUGAGUUUGCGUUCGAAAGAACCAAUCGAUUGAAACUGGUCGGCUCUUCGAGAUCAAGGCUAGCCACUCACUACAUUCUACUCACUCCUCCGUCCAGUGAUUGUCAUUUUCCUUCACUACCACCGAGCUGAAAAACUGGAUUUCGAUUCGCAGUCGUCGGGCCGUUCGAUCCGCCUGUUCAUGUUCGUAAAAAAAACAGACCGCAGUUUGAGUCUGGAAAAUACCAUUGAGCCACUACUAGUGACCCAUGCGGUUUCAAUUAUGUGCUGUGAGGUUGUAAAUGAUCUUCUGUACGAUCUUCAAUCGCCCGAUCCUAACCUCCACCGGGUCAAAAGCUCUUACGGGUGGAAAAUUCCACCACCACCCAGAACUGAGAGCCAAGGUGAUUUGAAUUUUUUCGGGUUAUAAAAGGGCUCUAAUGGCGGUCGAUUGCCGUUCGUCAUCGAACGCACAAAGGGCCCCCAUUGAAAUAUGGUGGGAACCACGCGGCGGCAAUGCCUCUUAAGUCGUAACCGAAUGGGAAGAAUUUUUUCUGUUAAUAACCGUGGCCGAUGCAAUCUCUAGUCGGGCUCGGAUUUCGACCGAAAAAUGGGCUUGUCCGAAACCGUCUGCCUGGAAAAUGCCGGCUUCUAUGCCCAUCAUAAUAAAGCUAUUAUCUUAACGCGUGAUCGCACAACCAAAGUGCGGGGCCCUUUUUGAUUGGUUUGACGACGGUUCAAAUGAACUGCGACCACUCUAUUUGGGCUAUUGUGAAGGUAUUUUAAUUCGUUUUUUGAAGAAAGGUAAAGUUCAUUUGUUGAAUAGAUCAAACGGAGCUAGGAAAUUUAAUCAUUUCGGUGUGAUGUCAGUGGUCUGCUUGGUGGUUUGAAACCUUCCCUAGUACAGUUUUGUCGGUAAUUUUCCAUCGGGAAUUUUGUUCUAUUCAGGAUGCAUUCUCCAAUCAAAGCCUGAGCAUAUUGAAAGUUUGGAAUGACACCAUAAUAAACCGAAACAUGUGGGGACUGUAACAAAAUUGUUGAUUCCUUGUAUUACUGCAGGGAUUUGUUCGAAAUUGUUUGCUUUUGUAUUACUGGCCGAUUAUCAGUCAUGAAACAUAUCAAUGAGUUAUCGAAAGUCAUUAUGAAUAACAAGAAAAAAGUUAGAGAUAUAGGACUAUAAUUGAAUGCAGUGGCAGCCAAGUAAAGCGCAGUAUGCUUGGUUCUGCUAGUCAAUUGGGUUGUCUUUUCAUAUGCAGGGUAGUUUAGUUGUCAAAACAAUUCCCCCGGUUAGAAGCUAACUACGGGUUCGAGUCCCAUCUAUGCGGUAACAUUUUCGUGGUUUUCAUUACAUAAUUGCAUUUGCAUGUCAUUUUUCCCAUCUGUUUUCCCCGUUAGAUACUGAUCAAAAUUAAAACUAGCUUAAGACGACUCUACGUCUAAGCAAGACUAAAACAAAUUAUUGAAGAAGAAGUUCUCAAAUCGUUGAGAAAACAUAAUUUUACAACAUGUGGAUGUCAUUCACUAACAGCGUGAAAUCAAAAGGCUAUAGUACACAUCCUUGAGGAACAUCUGUACCUUUGUAUUUCUGAGAGAUUGUUCAAAAUUGGCUGCAUUUGUAUUACGCGCAAAAUGUCUGUUUGCGUAUGUGACAAAAAUAUGUAGCUUUUGGUAUUUUUAAGCUCAUAUAAAAUGUCUAUUGUCGAUCAGAUUUUUUUUUCAAAUAUUUCUGACUUUCGGUUCUCGAAUUACAGGGUGCCGACAGAAACGAAAAACACUGCAAAUUGAAGUUUUCUUUUAUAGAAUAAUGUGUAACGAUGAGAUAAUAUCUCCAAAAACAAAAUGAGUGGGUAAUGUCAGAGACAUAACUGGAUGACGUGAAUACGAAAAAAAAACUGAAACGUUUCUUCACACUUCUAAAUAUUUAAAACCGUAUUCUGAAGUUGAUAUAUUAUGUGAAUUGUGCAACGUUUCAUUUCUUUACUUUCAAAAUUGUAAAAUUCACACACAAAAUCAAAAAGACUGGGUAAAAAAGAAAUUGCUCACUUGCAAGUCGUAUUCACGACAAAAAGUAAAUUCCUAUUGUUGAUGACCGAAAAUUAUUAUCCAGAACUCCAAAAUGGAACUCAAAUUUUCUCAAAUUUUUUUGGCCCUUGUUGGAAUUCCUAAAUUAUGUUGGAAUCUGACUUUCGUUUCCGGAAUUACAGGGUGAUGAGUGUUUGAAACUCAUCAGGAUAAAUCACCAUUCGUCAGUCAGUGUAGACAUUCGAAAAACCGUGGCUCGACUUUGGUCCUCAUAUCAAACUUACUGUUACGAGGGAGUGAUCUGAGGUGGAGUCAACAGGAUAAAACGUUCAUCUUCUUCUAUACCAAGCGAUAAGUCUUGUUACUUAACAAAGAAAAAACUUUUUUUUUGCAAAAAUCGAUUUUAAUUAUCAAUUUGCCUCAAAAUAGGCUUCACAUUCUGCAAUUGCUGCUUCAUUUGAGUUGAAUUUCUUACCGACGAGCAUUUUUCAGCAAGCAGCCAGUAGUCAGUCACUGGGGGGCCAGAUUUGGAUUAUAUGGUGGAUGAGGAAGCGAUUCAAAGUGUACUUCCCGGCGAACGGCCACAAUUAGAUUGAAACCGAGUCAAAAUAAACGAUAUAAAAGGUUAUUUUACUCACUUUAACCAUCCUAUUGUUUUUAAAUUAAGUUCCCUUGAAUUCCACUAUGAAAAUAGAGGAACUUAAAACGGUUCAGUUUCAUUCCACUAACCACUCAAACCCCAAACAUUUAACCAUCCUUGCCAUCGACUUGUGAGUCGGUGAGACUGGUCUUGGUGAAACAGUGAUUUUUCUUCGAUAUAUGAGCUCGUUUUUGAUUCGAUUUUCGCAUUCAAGUGAUCUAACAACGCUCUGCAGUAUUCGCUAUGAAUGGUUUUUUCCUUGCUCAAGAUAGUCGAUGAAAAUGUUACCAGGUGCAUCCCAAAAUACUGAAACCAUAACCUUCUCAGCUGACUGUUGUACAUUUGGAAGCUUCGGACGUGGCUGCAAUCAACUCAGAUGAUAAUCGUUUUGAUUCCAGAGUGAAGCAGUGGAUCCAUGUUUCAUCCAUUGUCACAUAUCGACACAAAAAUCUGAUUUAUUACUUGUAAACAAGAUCAAACACAUUGUUGUUUUUGAUUGACUGUGAGUGAACGCGGCAUUUAUUUUAAAAAGAAAUUUCUCAUGGUCAAAUGGUGUCUGUAACGAUCCAGCAAAAUUGUAACUAAUGGUUUUCAGUUUUCAGUGUUUUUUUUUUAAUUCAGCAAACCACUAACUAAUGUUUUUUUUUUCUCGAUGAAACAGAGUCCGGAUAACUCUGCUGAGCUUGUGCAGUAUUUUUUGUCACCGAGAAGCAAUGAUAAAUUAACACACGAAAUUGUUUUUAAAAUGAAGAAAAGUAGAAAACUCAAGAAAAUCUGUCCUCUGCAUCAACUCGUUGGACACCAGAUCAAUCGUCAUUCGAUAUUUUCUUGUCUUUGUUGGCAAAUGCCAGUAAUGAACCAAGUAAUGUGCAUAAUAAUCUGAGACGUCAAAGGAAAGUAAUUCCCUGUAAUUUGAAAAAUCGGUUUUUAAGCUUGUCUCUAUGUAGUUUUGUGAAAAGCGACGAUGAAUUGGUUCUUUUGUUUCAACCUUCCUACCUCGUCCUGGUGUCUGGUAAAUCAUACAAAAACAAUGGUUUGUGAGAUGAUGACAGGCAACGCAAAUGUCGAUUUAUUUUUGGAAUCUUUGACUAAUUUCAAAAUUUCAUAAUACUGCAUCAACUAACAUCACAAACAUUCAGUAUUAAACACCCGCAGUACCCGUAAGUGGUCACAUGGGACCUUUAAAGUUCGUACUAUAUCUCAAUGCGGUACGGUAUCAAACAACAUGCGAAAGCCAUGCCGACGAAAGUGAUUUCGUCGAUAGGGUAAUUUCGUCGAAUUCUUAAAUUGUCUCAAUAUCGCAAUCGGAAUCAACCUACAAUCGUAUCUCUUAAAUAUCGCAUAUUAAAAAAAACGGUUAAAUCCAUUUCUCUGCGUUUAACCCAGAAAGACUACUUUAUAGAAUAUUUUGUUUAGAUUGAUUUAUCAGCUACUAAAUAUCAAAGCAUUUACUUUGGUGUAUCAACCAUGCUAAUGUUUGCAGUAUUUUCCGUUAACUGAGGAAAAAUAUCUAAUACGGAAAAUUAUUCGAAAUGACCCUUUCGGCGAAAUGUCCGUUUCGACGAAAUGUCCCUUCACGCGAAAUGUGCCUUUCGGUGAAAUGUCCUUUUCGACGAAAUGUUCCUUCCGAUCAAAUGAUCCUUUCGGCGAAACCACAUUCGUCUCAAUGACCCAUUCGGCGAAACGGCUUUCGGCAAAAUGGCAUUCGCCGGAACUACUUUUGGCGAAAUGACAUUCGAUGAAAUGGCGUUCGGCUGAAAGACCCACUUCCGAUACGCUACCUAUUGAAUACUUAUUGAAUCUGAUAAUUGAAGAUUGAUUUAUCAUGAAUUUAUUUUUAUUAAUUUUACCUUCUGGCAGCGUUUUGACAAAACCGAUUUAUGUAAAAAAAUGCAAAAUAUAGGGAGAUUGUCAUUCACAAGAUUUAAGUUGUCUCAUCAGGUAGCUUCAGAAUCAAUUUGAGAUGCUGAACCGAAAUCGGUUCAAUGACAUCAAGUAUAAGUUCAUAAGCAGUCAGAAUUUUCGUCGUGGGCAUGACACACCAUCAAUGGGAAAAGGUCAUCUUGCCGAAAGGGUCAUUUCUCCGAACGGGUCAUUUCACCGAAAAGACCGUUGGAACAAGUUUGAGAUGUUGAAUCGAGAUCGGUUCAAUGGCAGUCCAUAACCUGUCAGAAUCUGCAAUGGACUUGACACACCAUCAAUGGCAAUGGGUCAUUUUACCGAAAGUGACAUUCCGCCGAGAAGGCCGUUUGAUCGAAUCAAAUGCUUGAUGCAACAGCAUGCAUUGAAGUCCUAUCGAUAAUGUUCAUGUAAAAAUAAAUUCGGCUGAAUGGCUUUCGAUGAAUUUCGUGGAAACGACCUACUUCCGCAGUCACAGAUACUGUCUACGGUUUGUGGUUUCAUCUCCAGGGGAGCGUACCAUUUGAGCCAAAUGGCUCUGAUUCCUCAUUCUCAUUGCCAGCGCUGGUUUAUCAUUCGGAUCACAUUAAAGAUCAAGUCUCGCUUUUAUGCACGUUAAUUUGCAGUCAAGAGUAAAUUACUGUGCAACCAAAUCAUUUCCUACAUUCCUACCGCACCACAAGCUGCAGUUCGACAUUAUGUUUUAUGUAAAAUUUUGAACCGGAAUUUCCUUUCGUUUUUUGCUGCUAUCAGCCGUUAGACACACUUUCGUGAUUUUCUGUUGUUUAUGGUUGCUUAGCUCCAUCGCACGGUGGAACUGGCUGGCUGGCUUUCACUCUACUAGCCUAGCACCGACCGACCGAAGUCGCUCGAUUCGAAGUGAGUGGAAAUAUUUUCGAAUACUCAUCAGAGCGUGGAAGAAAGAUCGCAUCUCCUCACCUUCACCAACCAGCCUUUGCUGAUAAAUAUUAAUAAAAAAAAAGUACAAAACCUAAAAGCUAUUGUCUUCACCCUCACCGAGAAGCAUUUCUCGGGGAAAGAGUAAAAUCGGAUGCAGUUUGAUGAGUUAUGUGCAAUAAUAAUCGAUGCCCAAUCGGUAAUUCAUAACUCCGAAUCGAUUCAACUGAUUUGGAUUGAUUAAACCGAAUUUCAUUUUCCACUUCGUUCCUAAUGCUGAAGCUGCUAGGAGGCCAUGACUUCAUUCGAAAUUGGAGAAGUGUUGCUAAAUACAUAAAAUAGCCACUAGAGCUAUUCCAUUUGUUGUUGUUCAGUUCAGGAAUUUCACUUUCGGAUGUGAAGAUUUGAGUGUUUUUUUUCAUCGAUUUUAGGUAAAACAUUUAAGUCAUGAAACGCUUUAACCAACUAGAACUAGAAAAUAUCAUCUUUAGUAGUUCACCCGAAGCCAACAUUUUUAUUAUGUAGAUAGAAUAAGAAGAAUGGGGAAAUUCGCUUUCAUCGAAACAGUGAAGGAUGAUUUGUUUGAGGGUUUGUUGAUCUUCAACAUUUUUUACGUGAUCCCGCAAUCCCGAGGUUGAUAAUCGAACCCAAGCAUUGAUCAAGUAACAAUCUGCUCUAAUUUUAAAAAGUGAACAAUCUUCUAUUUAAAUUUUGUCCCAUCUUCACCAAUAGAAUACUGUUUUUUUAGUUUUAGGCUUUCCUCUGAAUGCUCGGCUUAAACGCAUGGCUUGUGUUUGGAUUCGAGCUCCGAAAACCAUUUUGUAAUGCAUUCACUGAUACUGCGGUCGGUUUCGUUUGAAUGUUUGACUUAAUCACAGUAUUUGUUUUUAGUAUCGAUCUCCGUUAUUUUUUGUAAGGAACUUACUUGUACACUGAAAAAAAUGAAGGUUACAGGUGACCUUAUCCUUCAUACGAUUCAAUUCAUAAAGACCUAAUUUUCCAAAUAGUGGAAAAUUUCAUUUGCAAUGACUCAAUGUUGGAUUAGCAUAAAUUAAUACUGGUUCCGACUGUAAUGUGCAAUCGGUUUGUAUGCAGAUAUAUAGAUUAUAUGGUUAUAUGGUUAAGUCGAUUAACGCGAGUCAAUUUGCGAUCAAAUGAUUCUCGGUUCGAGUCGCGACGGUCGCUGUCAGUAUUUUUUGUUCAAUGAAUUUCAUAUCAUGGAAUUUUCCAAUCAUACAAUAUUACCAGUUCUUGCACGUAAAUGUGCAUGUUAUCAGAUGUAAAAUCACAGGGUUUCUACUGCAAUUAUUUUUUUCCCCCAAAGUACGGCCUUAACGCAUUAGUGGUGGUUGGAAUAAUCGUUAUUUGGCAAUCACUAUUCACUUUACUUUGCAGUAGAUUACGCUUGAUUUUGUUCACAUUGCUCCACAGGUAUUUUUUGAAAGCACGGUUCGAACGCUUUAUUUAUGUUUUGUAAUUAAUUCUAGUAAGUAAAUAAUCCAACAUAAAAUGGCUGACACUUCCGGUCCCGGUUGUAUGAUCGCAGAAAUGACGUAAUCGACAAACCAAACUUUUUCCUUCACGCUCACUUUUAUCGGAAGUUGUUUAACCGAUUUCAACAAACUUAAGCUAGGUAGAAAUUGGGUUGUGGAUCAAGUUCAAACAUCUGGGCUGCUACUUACGGCUCCGGAGUUAUAAUCGUUGAAGUGACGUAUCCGUCAAACUGUUUUUUUAUUGUAUACGUUCACUUUACUCGGAGAUGACUUAACAUAACACACAUUUUUUUUUCCAAAAUUCGUUUUUAUUAUUCAACAUAAUUGCCAUCAGAGGCGAUACAGCGAUUAUAGCGAUCUUCCAACUUUUCGAUACCAUUUUUGUAGUACGAUUUGUCCUUUGCCUCAAAAUAGGCCUCAGUUUCAGCGAUUACCUCUUCAUUGCUUCUAAAUUUUUUACCAGCGAGCAUUCUCUUGAGGUCUGAGAACAGGAAAAAGUCACUGGGGGUCAAAUCUGGAGAAUACGGUGGAUGAGAGAGCAAUUCGAAGCCCAAUUCGAUCAAUUUCAGCAUGGUUUUCAUCGACUUGUGACACGGUGCAUUGUCUUGAUGAAACAAAACUUUUUUCUUCUUCAAAUGAGGCCGUUUUUUUUUAAAUUUCGUCCUUCAAACGCUCUAAUAACGCUAUAUAAUAGUCACUGUUGAUGGUUUUUCCCUUUUCAAGGUAGUCGAUGAAAAAUUAUACCAUGCGAAUCCCAAAAUAUAGACGCCAUAACCUUACCGGCCGAUUGUUGAGUCUUUCCAUGCUUUGGGUUCGGUUCAUCGCGUGCAGUCCACUCAGCCGACUGUCGAUUGGACUCCGGAGUGAAGUGAUGGAGCCAUGUUUCGUCCAUUGUUAUAUAUCGACGAAAAAAAUCGGUUUUAUUUCGAUAUAACAGCUCCAAACACUGCUCAGAAUCAUCAAUUCGUUGUUGUUUUUGAUCGAUUGUGAGCUCACGCGGCACCCAUUUUGCACAAAGCUUUCUCAUAUCCAAAUAUUCGUGAAUAAUAUGUCCAACACGUUCCUUUGAUAUCUUUUGGGUGUCAGCUAUCUCGAUCAACUUCACUUUACGGUCAUUGAAAAUCAUUUUGUGGAUUUUUUUCACGUUUUCAUCGGUAACAGCCUCUUUUGGACGUCCACUGCGUUCAUCGUCUUCGGUGCUCAUAUGACCAGUACGAAAUUUUACAAACCCCUUACGAAUUGUUGCUUCACCCGGUGUAGAGUCUGGAUAACACUCAUCAAGCCAUUUUUUUGUAUCGGCGGCACUUUUUUUUAUCAAAAAGUAGUGUUUCAUCAACACACGAAAUUCCUUUUUUCCAUUUUUUUCACACUAACAAAAGUAGCUUCACUCAAAAUGCAAUAUCUCACAAACUAAUAAUCAGACAGCUGUCAAAUUUAUACACGUAUCUUUUGAAGGUUGGUACUAACUGAAAAUGGUAGGGAUUUAAUUCUAGUGGCGUAAUCUCUUGACAAAGUUCGAAAAUCAAAUGUCUGUCAUUUCUGGUUCCGAAGAUAUAGUGGCACAAAAGACGUAACCGAAAAAACGCACUUUUUUCUAAAUCUCCCGGAGUUGACUAAAAUUAAAUCUGCGUGCUUAGGUUUGUUCGAGAGAUACGAUACUACUGAGUUUUUCAUUAAGUUCAAAGAUUAAAUGGCUGUCACUUCCGGAUCCGAAGAUAUAAUGGUAUAAGUGACGUAACCGACUAACCGCAUAUUUUUCAUCGGUUAAAUUUUUUUCGAAGAUGAUUCAACGAUUUAGGUUAAACUUAGGCUACAAUGUCAUUCUUCAGGUUUGGAUGGGUUGUGGCAAACAUUUCCGGUUCAACAAAUGUAAUUGUCAUAUGUGACGCAUCCGGCAAAUCCCAGUAUUUUUAGUUCGUCAAAAUUUCUCGGAGAUGCCGCAAUCGACUUCGAAAGAUUCGUUUGACAUCUAACAGAAGGGUUAUUUGGUGAGCUCACAAUAAUAAUUGUCGAUGUCUUUUGAAUGGCAAUAGAAAGGAAUUUUCAAACCGCUAGAUGGAUUAAGAAGGGGUUGAUUGAAUCACACACUGUUCGGCUGUUGAAGUAUUGCCGUCUAAAAUGAGAUCCCCUGAGUUUUGUUUUUGAUGAUCUAAAAAAAGUGCUGAGAAUAGGAAUUGCUUCAUCGAACUCGACGAGUCCAGUCAUCAAUAAAGUUUCAACACAUUUUUUUUAUGGGAAUUUGCAACGUCCUGUACUAAGCGAUAAUUUGUGUGGUCAUUUGGUGGGCAACUGAAGUGGAAUAUGCAAUGUUUGUUUUUGUUACAUUUGUUUGAGUUGUAAUUUCCAAUCUCAAGUCGUCCAAGUACAACAACUAUAAAUAUACUUCUGAAUUCAGCUUUGAGAAGUAAGCUUUCGGAAAUGAAACAAUUAUGCAGGAAAGUUGUAGUCUUACAUUCAACUAAAUUGGCAUGAUAAAUUCACGUGAAAUGCUUCGUGUGUACACCGUUCAUUUGACGUUACUUUUUCAUCUGAGCAGGAGACUCGUUGAAUUGAGUACAUUCACACGAAAUGCUUCGUGUAUGUGUACGAAUAAUCAUAAGGCGAGUUUCUGAUCAGUUGGUGAAUUACUCAUGACUUCAAGCAAAGGUUGUGUUUACAGUAGAACACUUCACUUUCAAACACUCGAAGGGUGGUCAGACGCGUUUUUUUUUCCAAAACCGCUUUAGCAGUGGUGGUUAACCCUUUUUCGAGAGAAUGCACCUUCGAAUUACACGCUUUAAAGUACUCGAAAAUUGUACACAUUUCGGGUGCUAAACAUGCGCAUAACUCGUGCUUACCCUCGCUCAUCAACUCAGAAGGGCUCCCCAUUAACUAAAUACUCCUCAAUUAGACUCCCGUACAACGUACAAAAAAUAAUAACCAACCCACCCGGGUAGGAGGCUCAACACCUUGUGCCCUCUGUCGGCUCUUAAAAUCUGACCGCGAAGGUGCAAUGAGCACUUCACCUCUCACCAUGUACAAUCAUUGCUUGUAUCCAUCAAAAGUUACUCCAUCCGUCCGAUCGAACAUGAUCGAAACACACUCAAGCCCGCGCGCGGCGCGAUUCUUCAUCAGCUAAGGCAUCAAGAAUUGCAUAAUCAAAUCUUCGAAUCGUUUCACACAAUCUGCACACAUACACAGGAUCCUCCAAAAGAAGCACGAAAAUUCCGCCGAACGAAACGCAACCAACCGGCUUCGAACCGUCCGAACUGUAAUUACUUUUCUUCUCCCGACCGCCGCCGGAUUCUCCGCUCUUCGCUGAUUUUAUUUUUCGGCUUCAAUCGAUCGACUAGGCUUUUUCGACAUUGUCGGUCAUUAUCUCACACCUUUCUAUCGGCCGGGCCGAGUCAAAAUUACUCUUACGUAAUGGAGCCUGGCACUGUCUCCGGAGAAAAAAAAGCGGAGUGAACCGGGGGAGGAGAAGGUGAGGGCUCAAUAACCUCGAUGUCUGGCAGUCACCGUGGCAGAUCGGCAGAUCAGAUCUUGUUCAAGAUGGCACGCACAUGAGGUGCGGUCAGUUCCAUCAAGUCACCAUGAAAUCAGGCACGGUAACCUAAUUGUGUGUGGCGAUCGUGUGGCUCCGGAGAUGAAGACAGAUAUAUUUGAGGGGGUGAUGAUAACUUUUCGAAAGUGAAACGUUUGCCAAUAUUGAUGUGGGUUGGGUAUCAAUUGAAAUUCGUUCUGAUCGAAAGUGGAUUAUUUCAAACUUUCUCCAAAUGGGUCACUUCUGCAAAUGAGCCAUUUAUCCAUUUUAGAAAAAAUCAUGGUUUUCGGCAAAACGAUUUUCGAUGAAAUGGCUUUUAGCGAAAUGAAUAUUUUUUGAAGAAAUAGAUUUCGAAUGGUUCUACACAAACCGAUUUUCGAUGAAAUGGUUUUUGACUAAACGGCUCUCGGUGUAAUGACUCUCAGUGAAAUAAAUUUCAACGAAGCGAUUUUCGGUGAAAUGAUUUUCGAUGAAAUAGUUUUCGAAAACAAAGGUUCUGGACAAAAUGGACUUUCGGAUAAAUGAUCUUCAACUAAACGACUUUCGGUUGUCGAUGAAACCGCUUUUGAAUGGUUCUCGACAUCAUGAUUUCCGGUGAAAUGGCUUUCGUCGAAAUGACUCGAUUGAAUAUCACAUCAUUCGAGAAAAUACCCAUUCUGCAAAAACAACCUUUGAUGAAAAAAAUUUUUGAAAAAAAGUGGAUUACCAUAGAAUAGCUUACCAUGAACGACUUUCGGUGAAAUGGCUUUCGAUAAAACGGUUUUCGAUUCGGUAAAACGGUUUUCGACCAAAUAACUUUCGGUGAAAUGAUCUUGAACGAAACGACUUUCGGUGAAAUAAUUUCCGAUAAAAUAGGUUUUUAAAAAAUCCUGGUUCUCGACAAAACGACUUUUGGUAAAAUGGCUUUCGGUGAAAUUAAUGGUUUUCGAUGAAAUAGCUUUCGAAUAAUUCUAGGCAGAACGACUUCCGAUGAAAUGACUUCUGAUUAAACGACUUACGGUGUAAUGACUCUCAGUGAAAUGACUUUCUAUGAAAUAACUUCCAGUGAAAUGAUUUUCAAUGAAAUAGGUUUCGGAAAAAAACAUGGUUAUUGGCAAAACGAUUUUCGAUGAAAUGGCUUUUAGCGAAAUGAGUAGUUUUUGAAGAAAUAGUUUUCGAAUGGUUCUAGACAAACCGAUUUUCGAUGAAAUGGUUUUUGACUAAACGGCUUUCGGUGUAAUGACUCUCAGUGAAAUAAAUUUCAACGAAGCGAUUUUCGGUGAAAUGAUUUUCAAUGAAAUAGUUUUCGAAAAAAAAGGUUCUGGACAAAAAGGACUUUCGGAUAAAUGAUCUUCAACUAAACGACUUUCGGUUGUCGAUGAAACCGCUUUUGAAUGGUUCUCGACAUCAUGAUUUUCGGUGAAAUGGCUUUCGUCGAAAUGACUCGAUUGAAUAUCACAUCAUUCGACAAAAUACCCAUUCUGCCAAAACAACCUUUGAUGAAAAAAUUUUUUGAAAAAAAGUGGAUUACCAUAGAAUAGCUUACGAUGAACGACUUUCGGUGAAAUGGCUUUCGAUAAAACGGUUUUCGAUUCGGUAAAACGGUUUUCGACCAAAUAACUUUCGGUGAAAUGAUCUUGAACGAAACGACUUUCGGUGAAAUAAUUUCCGAUAAAAUAGGUUUUUAAAAAAUCCUGGUUCUCGACAAAACGACUUUUGGUAAAAUGGCUUUCGGUGAAACGAAUGGUUCUCGAUGAAAUAUCUUUCGAAUGGUUCUAGGCAAAACGACUUACGAUGAAAUGACUUUUGAUUAAACGACUUUCGGUGUAAUGACUCAGUGAAAUAACUUUCGACAAAACCACUUCCGGUGAAAUGAUCUUCAAAGAAGCGACUUUCGGUGAAAUGAUUUUCGAUGAAUUAGCUUUCGAAAAAAAAACACGACUUUCGGUGAAAUGAUCUUCAACUAAACGACUCUCGGUGAAAUGAAUGAUUUUUGAUGAAAUAGCUUUCGAAUGGUCUCGACCAAGCGACUCUCAGUAAAAUGACUGUCGACGAAACAACUUUAGGGGGAAUGAACAUCAACGAAAUGACUUCCGGUGAAAUGAUUUUCUAUGAAAUAGGUUUAGAAAAAAUUAUGGUUUCGACGACUUUCGGUGAAAUGGCUUUCGAUGAAAUGGCUUUUGAUGAAAUUAAUGAUUUUCGAUGAAAUAGUUAUCGAAUGGUUCUCGACAAAAAGACUUUCGAUGAAAAGGCUUUUGAUUGAACUUGGGCUUUGGGUAUAAUGACUCUCAGUGAAAUGACUUUCGACGAAACAACUUCCGAUGAAAUGAUCUAUAACGAAGUGACUUUCGGUAGAAUGAGUUUCGUUGAAAUAGCUUUCGACAAAAACAUGGUUCUCAAAAAAUAAAUUUCGGUCUUCUACGAAAUGACUGUCGGUGAAAUGAAUAAUUUUCGAUGAAAUAGCUUUCGAAUGGUUCUCGACAAAACGGCUCUCAGUGAAAUGACUUUCGACAACACGACUUCCAGUGAAAUGACCUUCCACAAAACGACUUCCGAUGAAAUAGCUUUUGGUUAAAUGAAUAAUUUUCGAUAAAAUAGCUUUCGAAUGGUUCUCGACAAAAUGACUCUCAAGGAAAUGACUUCCGAUGAAACAACUUUCGGGGAAAUGAUCUUCCACGAAACGACUUUCGGUGAAAUGCCUUUCGGCUAAGCGGCUCGCUCUGGAUUCGAAUUUCGAAUUGUCGAACGUCUUCACUCAUUGAAGUUCGUCCAAUUUCUUAAACUCGAACCCGAACCCGAUCGAAAGUAAAAAAAACUUUUACUCGUGCCCGAUCUGAACCCGAAAAUAAUUCUUCUUCCAAACUCGAACCCGACCCGUACCCGAUAAAAAAUAAAAAUCGACAAAAUUUUUGAACCUGAACACGACCCGUACCCGUUCAAAAUGAAAAAAAUCGUUACCUGUAUCCGACCCAAACCCGACAAACAUAUUUUAUUCUGAACCCAAACCCGACAAAUACCAAUCGGGCUCGGGUUUCGGGUACAAAUACUAAUUAUGCCUACCUUAUGUUACGGCUAGUUGAAAAGAUUUUGCUCGAUUUUUAGAGUCAUAUAUUGAAAUACACUCUUGAAAUUUGAGUUUUUAUACUUUUUAGCCUGUAAUUUCGGAACCGGAAGCUGUUUUUGCGGAUGAAUUUCAAUAGGGUUCUAUGGAAUUGUGAGAUUUUGUUAUUUGAACACACGCUUGUGAAAUUUAAUCCAGUGGUUUCUGAGUAAAUUGAGUGAAGUUUUUUUUUAAUUUUAUUUUGUACAUUCUACCCGUUACUCCGGAACCGGAAGUCGGAUGCGAAUGAAAUUCCACAGCAGACUAUGAGACUUUACGGCCUCUCAUUUGAAUCUAAAUUAAAGAAAAUCGUUUACGCACACUCUGAGCAAAUCGAUUGCACUUUUUUCGUGUUUUUUGCACAUUGUACUCCCGAACCGGAAGUUCGUUCAAGAGAAAAUUCAACACCAGGCUAUGGCAGGAAAGAGAUCUUUCAUUUGAAUGUAAGUUUGUGAAAAACGGUCCGCCCAUCUUUGAUUGUAGUUUAUGAUUCAAAGCAUUAUCCAUCGAAAACUACAACUUUUUUUAUAUUUCUGGCGACUUUGAUGAGUUGUGGAUCGAACAGUUUCUUUGAUCGAAAUUAGGCGUUUUGCGAGAGAAGCGCUCUGCAUCGAUCGAAACAAAUGAUAGUCGGAUGGGGCCAAAUCGGUACAAUAUGGCGGGUGAGGCAGACUAGUUACAGUUCUUAUUCAAAAUUGUCGGGUUUCAUAGCAAUCACAUAACCUUUCUAAAUUAGAAAGGUAAAACUUUUUUUUUUCUAUCCUCAUGUUCCUUAUGAAUUGGGGAUCGAACAAUUUUUUGUCUUUUGAGGGCAAGUAUGAAUCGAGCAUAUUUCAAAUUUCUUCAACCGAACUUGGGUGUUUUGUCUAGGUCUGUACUAUAUCGUUAUUGAUUGCAGUUCUUUCUCCAAAAAUAUGGUAAUUUUUUCCAAUCAUUAUGCUUCUGGAUAAAACUUUUUUUUUGUUUUUAGCCUACUUUAAAUGCUGAAGAUUGAAAAUCGGAUGGUGCCAAGUCGGUACUAUUUAGCGGGUGGAUUGUUAAUUUAUUGGUUUUGUCCGAAACAUAUUAUUUAACUAUUUUCUAUGACACUGCAGUCUAGCUCAGAGCAGGACGUUACAGUCAAUAAAUACAUUUUUGGAAUGCUAGAGCAUUUUUUUUGCUCUGGAAUUUUAAUUCAUUCAAAUGCAGUUUCUAAGAAAUAAAAAAAAAACGCCGAAGAAAAGCAUUAGGUCUAGCAUUAAUGGGUCUAGAUUUGAGGCUUUUUGGUAAAUUGGUCCAAUAAAAACUACCACUUGUUCCCGGUCUUUCUGAGUACUUAUGAAUUGGGGACCGAAUAAUUUCUUCUUUUUUAAGCCUAAACUGGCAUUGGGAUAGUUUUCAAUUUCUUCGACCAAAAUUUGGCGUUUUGCAAGAACGCUGCGUACUGCGGCCAUUCUGAUCCAAUAAGUGGUAGUCUGAUGGUGCCUAGUCUGCACUAUCUAGCGGGUAAGACAGACUGGUAGCAGUUAUUUUUAUCCAAAAAUAUGGUCCAUCCGUUUUUUUUUCAAUCCUCAUGCUUCUUAUGAAUUGUGGAUCAAACAGUUUCUCGUCUUUUGAGACCAAGUGUGAAUCGAGCUUAUUUUAAAUUUCUGCACCCGAAGUUGGGUGUUUAAAAGGAACAAGAAAUGUAUUAGAUCCAAAAUAAAUGGGUCUAGAUUUGAGGCUAUUUAGUAAAAAAAAAUGAUUAUAGUUUUUUUAAUCAAAGUAUUGUCCCUUGAAAACUAUCACUUUUUUCGCGUAUUUCUGAGUACUUAUGAGUUGGGAAUCGUAAAAUUUCUCCUUCUUUAAGCCCAAUCUGGCAUUGGGAUAGUUUUAAAUUUCUUCGACCGAAUUUAGGCGUUCUGCAUCCAUUGUGAUCCAUCAAGUGGUAGUCGGAUGGUACCAGUUCUGUACUAUAUAGCGGAAGAGGCAGACUGGUAACAGUUUUUUUUAUCUAAAAAUAUGGUUCAUCUUUUUUUUGCAAUCCUCAUGCUUCUUAUAAAUUGUGGACCAAACAGCGUCUCGUCUUUUAAGCCCAAGUAUGAAUAUUUUCGAUUGAAGUUGAGUGAAAAUUGAAAAAAGGGAUAAUCGGAAUGAGCUAAGUCGGUUCUAUAUAGUGGGUGAAGUAGAAUGUUUUCAUCCACCUACUAGUCUAAGCAGGUGACCAAGUGUUGUCGAGAUGAAAAAUCUUUAGACUCGUAGUACUCUUAAUCGGACCGUUUUUCUCGUUACCAGGGUUUUUUGAUGUUAUGAUCUAUCGCAAAGCUAUUCGUAGGCAGAGAUGCCAGGUUAAGCUUGAUUCAGAUGUCUAUAAAUCUGCAUAUUUGCGAAAUAAGCUGUAGAUAUGUUUCAGUUUUUGUACUUUUUUGCACGUUUUUCGAUUUUGUCAAAAUUUACAGACUCUUGAAAUUGCCACGGUAUUUUUUUUUUAUCUUUUUAAACUUAUUUCGUGCAUUAUUUUUUUUUUAACAGAGAAUUUCUCGAGUCUACAGACUUUUUCAACCGUGUCUGAAGAUAAUGGAAAUUUCUCUGUUCGUAGGAUACCUUUGUGAUCCCAUCGUAAGCAGAGCAUAAACUUAUCUACGUAAAUGCUUGAAUUUGGUGUCUAUUCCACCGGUUAAUUGAGCUUUUCUUUUCGCUAAAUCUAUUCUGUUACUGCCGAUAAUACGACUCAAAGCGACUUAUUUUUAUGUUUUUCGCCAACACUUUGACGUUUCAACUAAGGCGUUCGAUUUCUCUUAGCUUAAACUAAAUAUUUAUCUUAUCUGUAGUUACUUAUCUGCUUACUCACGUGGGGUGUUCUUUGUUGUAUCUACAAAACUAGAAAAAAACGUGUAAAUUUACGUCUUCUGAGAGACGUAUACGAGUGUCCAAAAUGAUCUGAGACUGAUGCUUGAAAGCCGUAGUAUGUUUGACACAUAUUUGAAUCAUUAUUGAAAAAAUCAGUCACUUUACGAAUUACGUUCUUAUGAAUUGAGUCAUAUGUAACCUGUAAAUUUCAUAACUUUUUGCUGUAUAGCAAUCAACUCGUACGACCGCCAAUUUCCAACCUUUUUCAAUGAAUUUUUGGACUAUUUUAGAUGGAGUUCAGUUCAAAAAUGUGACUGAGCAUCAUUGAGAGGGGUUUGUAGGGGAUAUUGCAUAUCGUCAUUUCGUUUCGUCUUCGAUGUUUAAGAGCAUAACAACUCAAAUUAAACCACCUAUGCAACUUAGCAGUUCAACUUGAACUGCUAAACUUUUCUCUACUCGAACAAUAUAUUUUUUUUAACAAUUUGAAACAUUAAAAAUGUAAAACAGUAAUUCAAUUUUUGUUGAUUUUACUAAUGAUCCUAAAAUGAUCGAACAACUGGCCGCACGUUUUUUCUUCUUCAGGGGACUAGAAUCGUUCGAGAGAGAUGAGAUUGGGAAUCUACGGCGAAAUGUGACUGGUUAGUUUCAAGCCUACACGACUUCGCCACCUACGCGAAUUGAGAGGUGCAAUUUAUUCGCGAAGAUUUAGCAUUUAGCCCGUCUAGCACCGACCGGAACGUGAUCUUGUUUCUGGGGGAGGACGACAAGAAUGUACCGAUUGCCAUCGAUCGAUCGAUCGAUCGCAAAACUCGACACGGUUAUGUAGCAGCUUGUUGUUUUGUUUUUACAUAUCACAACAUAGUCGAGGCAUAAUCUUGGCCAGUUUCGUUGUAAUCGAUCCUGCCGGGAACAAAAUCUCCCACCCGAUCGCCAGUUUGGAUGGAGCUCCUCUGGGAGGCUGAAAUCUAAAUUGUAUUUGUCGGGGUCGGCCAAGCAGCUGUGGAAUUCCAUCGAAAACUCUGCAAACAAGCAAGCCUAUAUUAUGAUGAAAUGUAUAAAUAAAUUGUAUAAUUAUGGCUAAUUAACUCUACAUUAAUUGAAUUAUUGAAGCAGAAGCUGCCUGAAAAAUAACCUGCUUGUACUGCUCGUGUGCGAGAUGCUGUGGCCUGGUUGGGACUAUGCUUCCCCAGCCCGCGGGUUUUUCGUAGGAGAUCAGCAGAUCGUAUAGAACGAGGACCAUUAAUAUUAAUGCAACAACAUCGGCAAUUGCAUUAACAGCCGCAACAACAACAACAACAACAGUAGUAAUAAAACCGCAAAGCAGGUACAAAAAGGUUCAACCCAAAUGGAGUACCAGGCUCUGUUUUCGGGUUUGAGUCAUAAUUUGCAACAUGAUCAAUUCGAUCGUUGUCUCUAACUUGACCGAACACAGGCACUGCUACCCUACUUGAGCAUCCCUAGCAACCGCCCCAGUGCGGACGGUCGAUAUAUGCCUGCACCUUCAGGUGCCGAUUGUGGCUGUACUUUGGCACAGAAACAGGUUUGAAUGAUUUGCCUCCCUCCUCUGCACUGAACCCCAGGACUCGUAGAAUGUAGCCGAUUUUUACCGGGACAGGUAUAAUGUGUGUUUGUGUGUGUGUGUGUGUGUGCGUUUGACUAUAGUAAAAUGCCACAGGGAGGUGAUGUUGCAAUCAACAGCACCGUGGUCGCCACCGUGCACGCGCCGGUUCUGUUUCAGUUAGUGAAUUUUUCGCCUUUGUCAGUCAAAACAAUUUAUGUAUAUGCAUUUUUGCGCUCGAUCGGGCGAAAAAAUGUGCGAUAUUUUGUCGGUGGUAUCGGAACAGAGCGUCUAGCAUCGUUCGAAAACCUAUGCACUCGAAGUCACUUUUGAACUGCUUCUGUCGAAAGUAAUAAAAAAUGUUAAUAUGCAAUAAACGGUUGAAUUAUAAAAUGAAGUUUUACGAUUGCGGCAGUUGACAAUCCGUGUCGAUAUCCCAUUCAAGGUGAUGUGUGCGAUGAAUGGCGAUCGCAAUUGUGAUACUGGUCACGGUUAGCAGAAUAGCAGAAGUUGCCAAAAAUAGUCACAUUUUUAGUUGGAGGAGUAGACUACUUUUGUCGAAUACCAUUUCACCGAACGCUUCAACUAACUAAAUGCAGUUUUAACCGAGCAAAUGCUCGAUAUUUCAUGUCUCGUCUUUUGAGGUGAUCCAAGUUUGAAAUCAUCUAUCGAUUUCUGCGAAACAAGUAAACCGUUGACCUGCCGCUAUAUUAUGCUGUAUCCGUCGGAACAACCACUAAUCAGAAAGAGCAAUGUCAGGAGAAUACGACGGGUGCGGCAAAAUGUUUUGCUUGAGCGUUUCUGAAUAUUUUGCUCAUUUUUUAGGCUGAAACAAAAUUGUUUCCAUUUCGAUUGCUGAAAUUCUUCGGGUUUACACAAAAACGCACACGCAAAACGGGUUGAAUUGAGAUGUGAGCCGUUUUUUUUUCGUUAGAACGGUCUUUCGGGUAAGGUUUAAGAUUAGAAGAUUUUGAAAUCGAACAUUUUUGUCCCGUUAUUAGUGUUUUUUUUCGUUGUCUUUGUCCAUUCUACCGGAAUCGAAGCGAACGCGCGCUUUUAUCUUUUGUAUCUCCGGUGAUCACUCAACCUGUAUCUGGGUUGGUUAGUUUCCCGGUGAGAUUCGAAGCAGAGUGAUAAAAAACAGUAGAUUUUUCAUUACGUAGAAGAUCGAACAAUCAUCGGAAUGCUCUCUGAGACACUUCCAUGUUUGUCUUGGGUCCUUGCGAGAACAACACAACAACAAAAAAACACACCACAACCACCAGACGCUCCUGUUUUGUAUGAUAUAUAGUUUAUUCCUUUAUUGAUUAGUUUGCACACGAACAGCUCGGAAAGAGAAAAAGAAUCACAUAUUAGCAAACCACAGCGGGCACAAAUAUAAAUGAUAAAUAGAAUAAAUAAAUUAGUCGACUUGCUGCAAUCGGACGAUUGUGGAAAGAUAGUUGGUAACCUAGGAAAAUCAAGGCUAACUCAAUUAAGCAAGAGUGCAGGCAGCAGACCGUAAAAGUUUAGAACAAAAUGUAUAUCAGGAAGAGAGGAAAAAAUAAAUGAAAAACACCGACUUCAAUUCAGAAGGAAGAACAUGGAGCUAUCAGUGCAAAUGUUUAUUCAAUCAUUUUUUUUUGUUGUUGCUUCUCUUGUUUGCAGUCGAUCACUUUGCUCUUCUGCAUUGGUUAUCUUUGUUAAGCAUUUCGUUCUGUUUUUUUUUUUUACUUUUGUUUUGUUUUGUACCUAAUGAUGAACAUUCCUUGCCGCCGCCACCACCACCACCGGGGGGAGGCUUGGCAGGCAGAGUCCGACAAACAGGUUUGACAUUUGAACGUAGCAAACUGGUCGUUUUCUGUCAUAACUGGCUCGGGCAGCAACGAUGAUGAGUGACAGUUUUUCUUCCUUCUGAAUUCAUUAUUUUAGCAAUGAAAAAAUGUAUUGUUUUAAAUACCGAUAUCACCGCGGUUUAGGGUUCACCAUAAUCUGGUUGUAAAAUAAAAGUGAGACAUUAAUUUAUAGCGUGUAUCAAUUUUGUCAAUUAUAUAUUACCAUUCUGAAACACAAGCCUCUAGGAUAUAUGUUAAGCAAAGCACAUAAGAAAACAAAAAAAAAUGCCACAAAACGGAAAGUAUAUCGUGUCUAUUCCAUUCACUUCAUACGAACACAAAUAUUAUUAUUAUUAUUAUUAUUAUUAUUAUUAUUAGGUACUGUUUUUAUAAAAACCUUUUUAAAUGUUAUCCCUAUUGAUUAUUAAAUAUAACUUCUUACAUAGAGACAAAUGGGAAAGACGAUAAGUGUUAUCGUGAUUAUAAUCUAUAUUAUCGAUUACAUCGAUUCGAAGUUUUUAUUCGUCACACAUGCCACGCACGUUUAGUGAACAAACCUGAUGACUGCUGAUGGAGUAAUAAAUGUUUGUAAAUGGAAAAGUUUACAUAUAUA